UCUGACUAGAAAGCCUGAGAGAGAGAAGUUCUCCAGCUUCUCCAACAGGGCUCCUUGGAGCGGGAGGGUCAUCCUGAGGACACCUGAGAGCGACCCGUCGGACUCCGAAGCCCCGACCGCCCUGCGCGCCAAGCGACCCGCCUCUCCCCGCCUCUCCUCUCCCGCCUCCUCCUCCUCCUCCUCUUCUCCCCGAGGUGGAGGAACAGAGAGACGUCAGGCCGGACCGGAGAUUAGCAGUCGCUUUAAGUGGAUUAGAAAGCAGCCGAGUUUGGGAGAAGCGAGCGGAGAGUGAGCGGAGCAGGCGCCGCUUCCCCCCCUCAGGCUUCAGUCCCUCUCUCGUUCGCUUUCUCUCUCGAACUGAGGCGCCCCGCCAUGCCCCAGACAGUGGCUCUGAGCGGCCCUUCGCCGUGGGGCUUCCGGCUGGUCGGGGGCAAGGACUUCAGCACCCCGCUGACCAUUUCCAGGGUAAGUCUCCCGAGGGAGAAACCGCGUCCCUUUCGUUUUCUUCGGGGGGGGGGGGGGACACGGGCUGGCUGCUGGCUGCAGCCUUGAGAAGCGCCUCAGGCACCGGCCGGCGCGAGGCUGUCACCAUGCCCUGACCCGCGUUGGGCUCGGCUGGGCUGCCUUCUGAGGGGACGACGACCUGCGCGCCGCGAGGCGAGGAACUCGGUCAGUUUGGGCAGCGCGUGAGGCGAGGGAAACCAGCAAGCCUUAGCGCCAUUUGGGCUCUCAACCGACGGGGGGUGCCUCCCGGGCGCCGCAGCCUCUGAGGCAACUGAGUCGCGGCGGGGAGCAGCAGCCGCAGCAGCAGCAGCAACAAAGGCGGCAUUCCAGGGACGCCAAGCGCUCCGUGGAGCAUCGCUCCCCGCAGAGGCACUUGUUACGCGCUUCGAGUUCCGCUCGUCGCUGCUGGAUGCGGGAGGGUGGCAUGGCUUGUGAAAACUUAAGACGACGGAGGAGGCAGGAUCAAGACCCGCCUUCAGGGGUGCUGAGGCAGGAGGCUGGUUUUGCCCAGCUGCUUUGGUUUCAAAACUCAGUGGGUUUCAAAACUCAGGAGUUUCCUCUCUGGUGCUGUAAGUGGAGAAGAGGGAUAUUAUUUGGGAUCGGAGUGUGGCUAAGCAAAGCUGGGUAGCGACUUAGAUUUAAAGGAGAAGGAGAACCUGGAACCAUGGAUCUUUAAAAACAAGAGCGGGCUGCUGGGAGGAGCAGAAAAAGAUGUUCUCCUUUAACAGCGAUGGGCUGCUGCUUCUAACUAGCGGGCUGGGUCGCCUGAGAUCUGUUCCAGGGAAGCAAGUGAAAGAGUUUGCACCAAGUGGUCUGACUGGGUGUUGUGUUUGGCCCACCAAUGAAUGCAGAGCGUCAGCGCAGAGCAGGGAAUCUCCAGCCUUUGAAGCGACUGGGUUUAUCUGCUGUUUCUCUCUUUUCUGCUUGGGUCUCAGCAUUUUCGAGCGCUGUGUAGGCGAGGCAAUCCUUGGACCAGUUAUUUAUCAGGAAUGGCUCUCCUGAAAUUAUACCAGCCGGAGGCCCCAUUAGCUAAAGUGGUGCUUCAGGUUAAGAACAGUUUCAGGUUAAGAACGGACCUCCGGAACGAAUUAAGUACUUAACCCGAGGUACCACUGUAUAUGUACACUUCUUGAGCUUCACUAAGGAAGUGAAUGUACCACAGGGAAACAGUGGAUUUAAGAAAUGAGGAAACUGUUUCCAACAGGAGCCCAGUAACUGGCAAGGUGUCCUUCUCUCUUGGAGUUUUUGAAGUGCCUACUUCAAAACAUGCCUCUAACAGAAACCAUAUAUUUAGAUACUAGAGAGCAUCUGAUUCUUUCCCUCUCCCCCAUCCAGCCACACAAUGACUGCAAUCCUAUACAUGCUUUCUUGGAAGUAAACCCCUUUCAAUACAUUUCUGAGUAAACAAUGCAUAGGCUUUGGAUGCAAAUGUCAACUCAAAAUGCUGUAAAUAUUUUCAGUGGUUCAAAUUUGAAAUAAAUAAAUAGAGACCCAUGCAAAUUUGUGGAUGCAGUUUUCGCUUUCGCUCUUACAUUUGUCCUGUUCACAUAUACACCACUCACAAACCAAAUGGCCUGCUUGCAUGUUUUCCUAUAGCCAUCUGGUUGGCCUCUGUGACACUAGGAUGCUGGACUGGGUGGGCCUAAUCCAUCAGGCUCUACUUAUGUUCCUACAUAAAAAUGCAAAGAGUAACCCCCCCUUCAACCAGCACCCUUCAGGCACUCCUCCCACCCACUCCAGCUAAUUAGUUCCCUCUUUGACUCUUUCUGCAAACCAUUCCUGGUGCCUACCGUAAUGGUAUUUUAAAAGCAGUGAGUAUGUAUUUGUUGUCAGUUUUCAAGGGAAAAUGUAACAGGGCUUGCUGGGAGAAGAAAGAAAAGACACAGCCAGGCUAAGCAAUACCUGUCAGACUGAGUUUUCCACAGAUAUUAAGGAAGCUAAAAAGUAAGAUAUGAAUUGCUAGAUCAGACCAGGGUUCAUAUAAAUAUGCGAUAUGAAAAUUUGCGAGCUGAUGGGGGAUAUCUAUCAUUUCUGCCCAGGAUCCAGCAUUCCGUACUUCUAAAUAUAGAGUCUCUAUUGAGCUACUGUAGUUGCCAGCCACUGACCAACUUUUGCCCCCUGAACUGAACUGUCGCGAUGUUAAAGAAGUAUGGGGAUCAUAGGUGCCAGAAAUAUGCCUUAGUUUUAUUGUAGAGGCCACAUGUGAGUUCCUAGGCAUAUUGGCCUGAAGAUGAGAUGAGAGAGGAACAGAACACGAAUGACAUUUCUGAGAGCUGAAAAUUUCAGGUAGGAGGAGACUGAAGCUGGCUCUCAGCCAGAUCUAAUGAGAAGAAAAGCUCAAGGGAGGUCUUCAAAGCAAGAAGCUUUUAGACACCUGAACUUAUCUCAGAGGUGAUUCCACUGUGCUGGAGGAUAGAAAUUCAUGUGAUAAGACCAGCAGCAGGUGAGGUCAACAGAGCUGGGGCUAAUGAGAACAAAAGGGCAGCUUGGAGCACUUUGAAACGGAAUGAGCCAUAGAAUGAUAGAAUUGUAGAGAUGGAAGAUAUCAUGAGGGUCAUCUAGUCCAACCCCCUGCAAUGCCAGUAUCUUUUGUCCAAUGUGGAGCUCAAACCCAUGACCCAGAGAUUAAGAGUCUCCUGCUCUACUGACUGAGCUAUCCAUCAUGAGCCAUCUUGCCAGUCAGUGAUCAACAGGACCUGCCAGUCCUGUUAAUCAGAUCAAAGCUUGUUCAACUUCUGCAUGGAGGGAUGCUCUGUUACUAUUUAGGAGGGUGCCAAAUGGUUGGGUAGUUGUAAAGAUUUUUCUUGUAGGCCUACUGCAAGCUAUGCGAGGAACCUGGGCAGACUUUACAUUGUGGUGGCUAUAGUCAUGGCUGUAGUCAUGCCAUCUUUUUCAAAUCCUAGCACUUUUUGUUGUUGCUUUUUUCCCCAAGGAGAAAAACAACAGUGCUUUGGAAUACAAAACAAAUCAUCUGUUCAAAAUAACAGAGCUUUAUAAAGUCUCUUCCCCACCUCAGAAAGGGAAUCAGUACAAUAAUCUCAUGUGAUAAGAAAACAAUUGAGGUACUAUUUCCUAUUCACCUGGAAACACAAAGCACAUGACAUGUGACCACCUGGCCAGCAGCUUUCCAGUGUCGCACUAGAUUCCGCCUGCAGCAACACUUUUGAAAUCUUGUUUUCAUAAACUGAGUUUCAGGGAGAGGAGACAGUGCAGAAUUUGGCACGUUGUGUGGUACAGGCUUGUUAAUACAAAGUUAACCUUGCUAUGAUUUAACCCAAUGGUUAGUAAUUAAAGAGUAGGGCUGCAUUUUGCCUUUCAGAGAGGCCUUUUGAAGCAACUUCACCGGAGAUUAUGACCAUUUUAGUAGUUAAUAAAAAUUAACUUUGAAUCCUCCUCCCCCAACAACAAAAUGUUUACACUGCUAAAGCUAAGCUAUUCAACACAUCCCAAGCUCUUUUCCUAAUAUAGAACAUCAGCUACUGUCCCAGAGACAUAGGGAACAUUUAAUCUCAAAUUGAAAUAUAAAGUAAUCCUACAAUAAGUUGUUACCCAUUUCUUCUUCAGGCUGCCUUGAAAAAUGGAUAUGUAAAAGUCUUAUAUAUAUUACAAAGCAGUGAGGAUUUUUUUUUAGUAUUAAAACAGCAUUUUAUCACAAAAAUACAGAACUUGGUAAAUGAGUUAGCAAACAUGGUACUAUGCUAUUUAGACCAUUCCAUUUUGGGUAUUUGUUGUGUCAAAAAUACUGACCUCCUUUGUCUUUUCAUUGCAAAAGUUUGUGAACUUUGAAUCUUGGGUGUGUCUUAAAGGACUGAACAUUUUUCUUUGAAGUCAAAUAGAUAACUUGCCUUUUUUAUACCACUUUUGUAGCCAUUUUGUGUUUGGGAUAGGUAUACAUAAUGGCUCAUAAAGCUGUCACAUACAUUGCAAGGAGAAACAGCUGCUAAAAGGUGUUUCCCCCAAUGCAGCCUGCAAAAUUCAUUCUCUGUAACUGCAUUCAGUCUGGAAGAAGUCGCUGCAGUAAAUGGGAAUCACAUCCAGCAAUCCUAAAACAAAAUGUCAAAGACAGGCAAAUGAAUAACUUUUCAAAACUAUUCUAUUUGUAAUUGUUACAGUCAAUUUGAAUAUAUUUGGCUGCAAAACUCUAUAUAUUCUUCUUAAUUUAGAUAGGUUUUCCCCAAAUCCCAUUAUUUUAAUGGGGGGGAUUUUAAUAACACAGACCUUGAGUAGUAGCAGGCAAGGAACAUGUGACAAGGUACUGAUGAGGAGUGAGUAAAAUAAUACAGACAUCUGUUAAACAAGCACAUAAUAGAUAUGUCCAGAGGGAAAGCAAUUGGUCUCUAGGCAUCAACACUUUUUGUUUAUUUAAGAAAUGUUUGCUAGCUCUCUGCCACCCUUUGGUCUUAAUGGAAUUUAUCAUAUCCAGAGAACCACCAGAUAACCUAUUCUUAAGCCGUUUUAAGUGUGAUCCUGUUCAGGUUCACUCAGAAAUUAGUCUCACUGUGUUGUGAGGUUUAUUCCCCAACAAAUGUGCAUUGGACCACAGCCUUACAGAGCAAUCCUAUAAAUGUUUAUUCAGAAUUAAGCCCCACUAACCAGGCACUGUGAAAAUUUUGGGCCAGUGGGCACAUCUGGAAUUUGGACAAAGGGCUAGUCACAAAGUUGCUGCCAUUGGGGCAUGGUGUCAGGGGCGUAGAGUGGGUAGCUGGAGCCUGGGGCGGGGCAUGUGUUGCAUCCCCCUGUGUUAGGAACUGGCUGGAUGAGGAAGAGUGGUGGGAUACACCCAACCAAGAGCCCCGCAGGGAAGGCACAGAAGAAGAGGAUUUCACGCCUGGGGACUGGUGGUGGGACUCUGGUCUCACCUCAGAGGAGGGGAGAAGCUGGGAUGUGCUAGAAGUAGGGUGCUUGAGGGGAUAGCAAAGAGAGGACAGGGAGAGGAGGUUCCCAGUUUUGAUGUAGGUGCUGAUAGUGAUGACAGAGGGGAGGUAGAACCUGCAAUUCUCCCUCAAGGCCACUCUGACAGCUUUUCUGCUGACAGCUUGCUAUGCCCCACCGAACAACUGCUUUGUUAAGACAGGAUUGCCCUCUGUGUGUUCAUUGUUCAAGUGUUUCUCUCUCUUUCUCUGACUUACGAACAACCUGCUCUCCCUGUCGGCUCCCUGACACCCUGGUGGACUGGGCAGCAAUCAGUCCAUUUGCUGGCCAGCAUCUAAUCAAGGGAGUCUCUCCUUGCAAACUAGCCCCAACCUGGGAGCAGAAAUAAGGCAGAAAACGUGAAGCCAAUAGCAAUGCUGUGUCGCCUUGACCUCCUGUCCUUGCAGCUAGGUGCUCUGGGCAACACACGUGGCUCUAGCAUUGCUUUCCCACCUUCCUCUUCCUCCCUGCCUCUUCUGUGGGUGGUGGUGGCACAAGUGCAGCUGUCCCUCUGCCAGCCAUGAGGAGGCACUGCCACUGCCCAGCACCAAAGGCCUGGCCCAGGUGUGGCUUGCCUCCCUACAGCUCUGGCCUCAAUGUGGGAGCCUGUUGUGGAGGUGCCUGGUUGUGCCCCCUCAUAAAUUUGCGCCCGGGGCCAUGGCCUCCCUGGUUCCACCCCCACUACAUGACAUAGCACAAACAUGGCUGUCAUGGCGGCAUAGUGUAAUGGCUGCUUCAUCAAAGAAAGCACAAAAAGAGACAGAACCAUAAAAUAAUGCAGGUUUGUCCCUUUCCCAUCAAUGGGGGAAAUGCGCCUACAUCAGCCACUGCCAGAGGAGAUGGUAGGAUGAAUGUCCAAUCCUGGCAUCCAUGAAAUGUGAUCAUGUUUAAGGGAGCUGAACUAAUGCAAACAGGAGCUGAGCAGGAAGUCCAAGCAGUCUCUCAUGUGGAUUUUUGAGGGAAUAUUUAUUGAAACCUUCCAUGGGUAUCAUAAGAUGUAUUGGGCACACUGAUGCCUAUGAGCACCACAUUGGCAACCCUAAAGGGAGAUGUUUCCAGCUCAUGAAUAUCACAGUCAUUUGUGUUUAGGUUGGGAACAUGUACCAACAACUAUCCAUGUCAUAAAACGUUACAGAGAUAUACACUAGAGCAAAUGUAGCUUUUGAGUGUUAAUUUGAAGCAAGGAAAAUAUUGGUUGGCUGGCAUCCAUCUGUCUUGGGAGACAAUGGAAAAGUGCCCUUUCAGGGGUGAAGUCAAACUGUUGGAGAAUUACAGCGCCUGCUAUGGUUGUAGAGACCACAAAAGAAGCCUUUAUGUCUUAUGGCUGGAAUAUGCUUAUAGAUCUACUUGUGUACUAUCAUGUAAUCCAUGUGUAUAAUUUAAUCAUGCAAUACAGCAUGGGUGCUGUUUCUCAACAAAAAUGGUGUAGCUGCAUUAAUGGUUAUUAUUUCCUCUAUUUAACAAUGGUUGGCUCCUGAUAAAUUUCUAGUUUUGGGAUUUACUGUAGAAAAUUCAGUUCUAUUUCUUAAGUAGCAAUGUGCGGGUCUUUAUGGCUCAGUUUUAAAUUUCCCUGCUUUUGAACAUCAUUAUGAACUACCCUUAACUUAUGCACUUAAUAGUGCUUUUCCCCCACAGAAAACUAAGAUAAUCUUGACUUUGUGCAUAAAAUGAAUUACUUUAAUUAAUCAGCCCCACUGAUAAUCUGGAAUAGGAAAUCAGACGGAAGGAAUGAUUCAUGUUGUUCCAUUCCUUCAAGGUCUGACCUUGGUGGAAGCUUAACAAAAUAAACCUCACACACCCUAAACAUUUUCAGGCUUUGCCAAGCUGGACAAAACACAUUCAGCCUAAUGGAGGGGAUUUACAGAACUUUUACAAUGUUAGUGUAAUGACAUCAGUAUUUUAAAAACAAAGUUUAAACUAUUGUUCUCCUGACACAGGUGCUCCAAGUUUCUGUGGAAAUAAUAUGCAAACAUCAAGGUUCCCACUUUGAACCAAGAAACUAUUUCAUCCAUUUCUCAAGUAGACUGUCAUGAUUUGACAUUUUCAACAGAAAAACAACCAAAAACAUUUUAAAAUAGAAAGUGUCACUGACUCCAAACCUUGUACCUGAAAUAAAAUGGGAAUAGGAUCAGGUUCCCAGAUUAUAACAGUGAUGCUGCUAACACAUAAGUAUAUUUACAAUAUGUAAAUUUAAUAGCUUGGUAUAGUAAUCAGAUCAGUCCAGCUAUUAUGCUUAUAUUUAUUCAAAAGAAGCAAAAACAACAACAUCCAGUUUUAAAAGGAUUGUUUUCAUACUCAACCAUUUGUUGUGCAAAAGCUCUAAAAGGGAAUAAACAGAGGGCAAUGAAUUGAAUUACAGAAAUGGCACUAAGGGAUAAAAAUAAUAAUAUAUUAUUGCCAGUGAUAAAUUGAUACACAAAGAAUAUAAAUAUAUUUAUAUUGUUAGAGACAUCUGAGUGAGUGCAUCAAGAGGUCCUCAUUAUAUGAUUCACAAAUGAGGGAGAUUUGUUUAAUUUAAUUAGAUAAGCACAAUAGCUUUAUUGGGCUGGGUGCAUGUGGUACCUCUUGGGCUCUCUUUAAAAAUAUUUUCUCAGCACUGGGUGGCUAAGUCAUGCACCCACCUUGACACAGGGUAGGCACUCCAAUAGGAAUAGAGAUUUCUGUAAGUAAGGGUCUCCUGCUUUGGCUUUUGAGCUUGGCAGAUGGGUUUGAAAAGUUCUUGUAACAAGUUCUCAGCUCCAUUGAACUCCUCAUCCCCUUGGUUCAUGAUCUUUUUGCUCCUAGGACCUUUUGCUCCUAGAACAGACUCAUUCCUGCUAGGCUCAUUUGUGCCCUUUGUCUUGUGGAAGCUCUUGGGCUGAAUUAGCAACUUUGCUUCUCCUGAGUCUGUACUGUUACUCUGCUUUACUAAAGGUCACCUCCUUACUUGCAAGUGUGAGCACCUGUGGUUGAGUUUGGAGGGGGGGAGCCAGGAGACUUUGUGCUGAUUAGAACAGAUAAAGCACUCCUGGUGCCAUUGUUGUCUGUUGUCACAGUCACUAGGGAGGCCCACUAGGGCUCAUCCUUGAAUAGGAGAAGGCCCACUGAGAAAGGAAAAUGUUCUACAUUUGUGCAUUCCCUAACAGUCAGGGGCGGCCAAUGCAUGGAGCCAAGUGAGGUGAUUGUCUCAGGUGGCAAGGUACCAGGGCCAGUAGAUCCCAAUGUUGAUCUUUCUCUCUUUCCCCCAAUCUGUUCCUAAUGCUGACCUUCACUCACUCCUUCACUGGCAGGGAGCGGGGUAGCUCCAUUCUGGGGUUGCCUGAGGUGCUGAAAUGUCUUGGGCCAGCACUGGUUACAGCCCUCAUACUUGCCACUGGCCCUCAAAAACACCAGCCCUAUGUCUCCACUUCCUAUCUUUCCCAUAACCUUUGGUACAAAAUGUGUGACAUGAUGUCACUGAGCUGAGAGUCUCUUUAUCCAUUCUCCAAUUGAUUCCCUUGGCUUUCGAGGGUUGGGAUUGGCACAUUAUAUGCUUUGUACUGUUAAAUGUUUGCGGGGGAGGAGGGAGAAAGAGCUGUAAGGUUGCUGCUUUUGGCAACAGCCAUAUGAUUCCUGUAACUGAAACAUAUAAUUCUACCAUUAGAGGAUGACAUGGAUGGGGGAAGCCAAGCACUGUGGUUCUCUGCUUCCCUUUUCCUCACUCGUGAGAUAACUCAGCUCUUCUUGGCUGGCAACAAGAUUCAUAACUAAAGCCAUACAUUUUAGCAGCAGGCUCUUGCAAUCUCUGGAGAGGGAUAGCUUUAUACUGUGAAUGUGAAGGAAAUGUGUCAGUCUCCAGGGGACAGAGCUGAGCACUCCACACAUCAGCAGAUGGAAGCAGCCCUCACAAAGGCACUCAUUGAUCCUGUUCUCCCACAUUCAUGGCUAGAAGAGAAGUUGUGGGUAGUAGCGUUCAGAAGGUUGGAGGGAUAAUGGGAUUACAAGACCUUAUAAAAAAACAAAAACACAACCCUAACUCUUGCCUUUCCUUUACGAAGCUCGCACAAUUAACUGGAAAUAUUUAGUGUUCCUUUCCCACUCAUUGGGUUGGAUUCAAAGAAGAGCAAGCAGAACUCCACUCAUGCAGUAAGGCUUUCCUGGCUGCUUCCACCAUUGUACCCGCAUGCACCCUGCAAAAAGACAUUCGUGGAAGUUGAGGGACCCUUUGGAACAGCAUAGGGUGUUUGCAAACAAACCAGUAUAAAAUACCAGCCAUGCAUUGUACUGAAAUAUGAUUUACUCAGAACUCUUUUAUAUAUUUUGCAAGAAAAAAAAGGCAGGGAGAAAAAUUACAGCAAUAAUUAGCACAGAAAAUCAUAUUAUCAUUGACAGCCAAACUAGAUGCAGUACCAUUCUCAAAACUAGCAAUUGUUGAAGGGCUUUUUAACAGUAAACAGCAUGUGUAGGAGGGUUUGAUCUAUGCUGGAACCCUAAAGGGAUAGUAGGUGGCUCUAACCUUUUGCCCCUCAUUGUGGUUACAAUCCAGAUUGGGUACCCUGUGUCUGCUAACUGACACAGAGUAAACUCUUUCUGAUUCAUAGUUCAGGCUCUAACACUAUGCUAAACCAGAGAAAAUGCAAACAAUAUAUCUUACCUUCGGAGGUCAUGACUUCAUUUCCCUCAUGUGUCAACCCAACCAUAGUAAUCAUGCAAACAGAUGAAAAGCAAGGAACUAGGCUGGAGGAUGCCUGGCAUCCCUUUCAGUCCUGCAAUGAAAGCAGAAAUGAAGGUACCAUUGUCUGUUAAAUAGCCCUGCUUUCUUGGCCUCUGCAAAAUACAAUAGAGAACUUUCAAGUUCAGAAACUUUUCUAGUCUAGACAAAACAAAUAACAAACUGAAACAUCCAAAGGAAGGUGUCUGUCGUGCACUGACUCACUUCAUUCAGAAUUAUGUAAGUUCAUCUUAAGUCUUCCUUUGGCUUGCAUAUGUUUUCCACCCCCAUACUUGCAUGAUUGUCAGUUGCAACUCAUCUGCUUCUUGCCAAAACUGCCUGUGGCAAUUGUAAUCAAUAACAGUCAGUGAUAUUUGCAAUCCACUAAAACAAGCUCUUCUGUGUUGUUUUAAUGAAACCCAGUUAAUGAAUCUUCUUAAAAGCGUAUGCUUAUUUUAAUACAGUGGUACCUCGGGUUAAGAGCUUAAUUCGUUCUGGAGGUCCGUUCUUAACCUGAAACUGUUCUUAACCUGAAGCACCACUGUAGCUAAUGGGGCCUGCCGCUGUGCCACCGGAGCAUGAUUUCUGGUUUCAUCCUGAAGCAAAGUUCUUAACCCGAGGUACUAUUUCUGGGUUAGCGGAGUCUGUAACUUGAAGCGUCUGUAACCUGAAGCAUCUGUAACCCAAGGUACCACUGUACAGUUUUUGUCUGGUCUCCUUCUUAAGGAACUGCUAGUUAGGGACAAUUCUAAACUUAAACCAUUUUAUGGGACAUUUUAGUGUUUGUGCUUUGGUUAAUAAAAAUAUGUUGCUACACAGGUGUUCUUUUUUAUGCUUUUUAAAAAUCUAAUCCUUUAAAAGUCAGCAAUAAGCUAUUUCAUCAACUUCCUCUCACCACCAUCUCAGUUCUGAAAGAAACUGGCCUAUAAGGGGUUUAAUAAAAGGCAAUGGCUAGAAGGGGCAGACUGAAUGUUUAGGUUUCAUGACACAGCAUCUGUGUAAUAUUGUUAAGUUAUGUAAUACAGCAUCUGGAUAGAAAAGUGACUCUGUCAGUACAUACUUCCAGGGUUGCUGCAUGGGAGUGUUUUUUAUGAAAUAGAAAGCUUGAGAAGCUGAAUAAAUACCAGCUGCUGAGGUGUAUAUAAAGUAGGAAUAUAACAGACAACCCAAAACUAUAGCAGAUUAGAUAGCAGCCGAAUUAGCUAGGGGAGUUCCAAAGCCUGAUUUAUUAAUUUUUUUAAAAAAGCAUUAAGUGCCUUCCUAAAUGUAAGGAGUGAGGGAGCUAUUAAAGAGGGGAGAGUUCCAGAGGUGGUGGGCCAUCACAGAAAAGGACCUGUGGAGUAUUGUCAGCUUAGGAGUACCUGAAGGUAUGGUUAGAAAGGCUUUUUAAUCUUGGGCAGGAUUAUAGUCCUAACCUGACACAGUUCCAAUGGACAAUUCUGCAGUGCCAAUCUUGCAUACGUUUGGGUGCUGAUGUUAAUGGGGGAGGGAAAGAAAGAGAGAUGAGGGGAAUGGCCUGAAAGACAAGGAAGGAGCAUGCCUUCUGUGGAUUGAGGGGUUUGCUAAAUUCAAACAGAAAACGGUGGGUUUUUGUUUUGUGGCUCGGACCCUACCUCUGUUUUAUACUUAAUUUUGUUUUGUGAUGGCACCCUCAAUCAUUUGUAAAAAAAAACACCACUCAUCUAACCUAAAGAAAACAGGUUUCCAAUCUUACAUCAUUCAUGUGCUAUGCAAUUCGUUUCUGAAAAGCCUGCUUCAGAGAAUUCUGCUCUUUUAUUGUUUGUUGUUUAUUUGUUCUGUUACUUUAAAUUAUUGCUGGCUUUCUGUGAAUUAACAGAAAAGUCAUAUAUAGUUACAGCAAGCUAUUAACUAAAAAUGACUAUGGUGAAAGUUUUGUCAUCUAUGAUCCAUAUUAAGCAGCAAGUGCUUAUUUAUUUGUAAGAAAAUCAUUCUCAGCUUAUUUAAAAGAAGCUACACAUCUCUUCAGGAAACAGAAUUAUGGUCAUUGCAAUAAGAAUGAUCUCUUAACGCAGCAAGAUAUAAUUAACCAAAACUCCAGAGAAAUGUGUCAUUAGAUAACACUGGGGAAACCCAGCCAGAUGGGUGGGGUAUAAAUAAUAAAAUUCUUCUUCUUCUUCUUCUUCUUCUUCUUACCAUAGUAGUCUAGCUUUACAUGGCAAUUGUGCUUGGAAGCAACAACAGAUGCUGGGAAUGACUGUGGAGAAAGCUAGAGGGUAAACAUGGAGUUAAAUUAUUCACAAAUUCAUUGGCCACUAAUCUACUUCCAUUAUAUCAUAAUAGAUUAAUCUUGGGCACGAAGACUAUUUGUUCUGAUACCCAGUGGUUCAAGGAAAACUUCAUUUCAUUUCGGAGUGUGGAAUCCACUCCCCAUUUUUCUUUCAAAUUCAAACUACAAAUUCAAAUUACAGGAUGUGUCAUUAGCCUCCCUCAAAGGGAGUUACAAGCUUUGCAAGAUUUUGGCAUUAAUACAAAAACAGCAGGAGGGGAAGCGAUAAAGAUUUAAUAAACAGCAUGAUAUUUCAUGCAUGACUGGAAAGUGACAGGUAAUCUGAACAGCAGUCAGGGAAAGUUGUUGUGGAAGAUAACACCCUGGCAGAAGGCUAUUAGAAUAGUUGCCACCAUGUUGACUGUUUCUUUCAAUUAUAGAAACAAUUUCUCAUUUGUCCCUUGAACUGAAUGAGCUGAUCCAAAGCAUGUGACAAAACAGUGAACCUUGGUAAUAAAAAUGGGGGUUUCCAAGGGCCAAAUGCAUUUGUAGUCCCCUCACAGUAUAAGAGUCAGCUUGGAUUUAUCUAGCUUCUGAAUGAGUCUCAGUUGUAACAUUUCCCCCCAGAAUAUCACUAAUAAGUUAGCAAGGUGCAAGUUAUAUCCCUGUGGCUGUUGUCUGGUGCUGGAAUGCCCAACCUGAACAUCUACAUACUCUGUCUUCAGCUACAUAUUGGACAGAAAAUAUGCUUUAUCACCUCUCUGCUAGUACACACCUCCCCCAUAAUGCAACAUUGGCUUCCCACCGCUCUAUGGUCCCUAUUCACCAGGCUAUGGAACUGUGUGGGAGUACAAAUGCUGCACUGGUGGACUCUUGUAUGGCAGCCGCCGGAUGCUCUCACAAACAAGGAUCAUGAAUACAUGGAGAUGGAAGUCUCUACUGGAUCAAAGAGCAUGAGAACAUUGUUGGGUGAAACCUAAUUCAGUACAGUGAAAUCUCAAAAAUCCAGCAGAAGCAGAUUCCAUAAGCAUCCUUAACACUCUUUAUUGACUCCAGUGAUUCUCCAGUGAUAUUUGGCCAUACAAUCAUGGACUGGGUUUCAAGCUUCUAACCUGAACUAUUGUCAAUGGAGACUAAGUUCACUGAGCUGUUUAACUCGAAAUAGGCAUGAUUCUGGCCACAUAAUAUAUGGCACUCUAAAGAGGAAAGAGAAAGAAAUAAGCCAAUACAUUUUAACCUUAGUUACAAUCCUUAUGAGCUGGAAAUCGUUGCAGAGAGACUUUGGCCGUUUGUAAUGGAUCAGCAGUUUUCCUGUGGGUUUCUCUGUUCUUUUCUGCUGGCUCGCUCAGUUCAAAGCUGCUUGCUCAGGGAAGCUCUAAAAACAGUGUGCUACCAGUUUCUACGCUGCUUUCUUCACUCUCACAACCCCCCAAAAAAUAAAAGUCAAUAAAUGUCCUGGAUCUGCUUUUUCUCCACAUACAGUUUACUUUGAGGAACAAAUCUGAGUCGCUCACUAUUAAAACUUCAUAGUAAUUAAACUUUUCUUUCUCUCAUGCAGAUUAAUCCUGGAAGUAAAGCCGCCCUUGCCAGCCUUUGCCCAGGUGAUGUCAUCUUGUCAAUUAAUGGUGAGAGCACAGAAAACAUGACACAUCUAGAAGCACAAAACAAGAUCAAAGCUUGUCUGGAUCAGCUGACCCUAUCUGUGAACAGGUAAACUAUCUGUGCUUGCCUCUUCAUGCUGACGCGCUACAUCUGUGCACAUUCACCAAAAUGUAUGUAGUGAACCUGUGGCUAGACAGUGGAAUUAUGCAUCUGCUUGCACCUCACUCACAAAUGUGCCAUGUGUAGUAUUCUAAAUGUUGGAGGGUACAUUCCUAUAUCCAUUGAGUGGUAUUCAAGCAGGUUUUACUCAAGAGUAGACCCAUUAAAAUAAAUGAACAUGAUAGGCCCAUUAAUUUUAAUAGGUCCACACUGAGUAAGACUUAGUUGAAUACUGCCCAUUCUCUCAAAAUGUUCAACUUUUUACUUUCUAGGAGUAAAGAUGACCCUUUUUAAAAAGUCAGCAUGCAUAGGGAUGUGUGCAUAGACAUAUCAGAAUGUAUGAAGCAACUGACAGAGCACAAUCAGUCGGUCAUUUCCUACCUAAUGUUCACGAUACACACUUGUGGAUUGUAAAAUGGAUUUUUAUCACACUACAUUUUCAAGUGCAACCUGUCCUUCUCCCACCCCGAGGAGUAGCCCUCAGGGCAAAUGAGCAACCUGCCCCAACAAGGAUUGGAAGUGAAGCUGAGGCCUUUUGAGCCUCUGCCUCCUAGACUCUUCCCAUCUUUGGAGAACUAGAGCAGAUCCACACCACACAUUUAAAUCACAUUCAAUGCACAUUUUAAAGUGUGUGAAUUCUAGCAAAGAAUCAUGGGAAUUGUCAGGGCUUUUUUUCUAGAAAGAGGUGUUAGAACUUGCUGAGCACCCACACAAAGCUGUUGGGCUUUUUAUUUUAGGGGGAACAGCCACUUUCGGCAACCCUGCUGCUGACUUCCACCUCCGGCACACAGCCACAGUUUCAAUCACUGUGCCAACACAAUCACCACAGCAACCCAGUUGUCACACUGCAUGGCCACAACCCUAAAGGGCUGCUGGAAUGCACCUAAGAGGUGCUGGAACUCAGUUCUGGCAAGUUCCAGCUGAAAAAAGCCCUGGAAAAUGUAGUCUUUUAAGGGUGAUAGGAACUAUAGCUCUGUGAGGGGGAAACUACACUUGCCAGAAUUCUUUGGGGGAUGCCAUGUGUUUUAAAUGUAUGUUGAAUGUGCUUUAAAUGUAUAGUGUGGAUCUGCUCCAAGUAUUUUAAAGCUCCAGUUGCUGCCCUUAAAUAUUUGCCGCCUGAGGUAUCUACCUCACUCUGUCUCUUGGUAGGACUGGCUCUGUAGAAAUGUAGAAAAGAUCAGAGCGGUAGUAGGCGGAGAAUAUUAUAGGGAAGCGUCUCAACUCUUAUGAUAGCUUAGCAAUAGAACACACUCAGUAGAGAAGCUUUAAAAUGCAAACCGAAUUAUCAUCAGUUUCAGUGAAUUUAAGUAUUGCAAGUCUACAGAUAUGCUAGAUGAUAUCUGGGGCCCUGUUUCUUGCUAUCAUUCUCAUAUUGUAAGACAAUGAGCUAUGUGGGGGUGUUUAUCUCUAGUGCAGCAGGUCUCCAAUAACUGUGAUUGAAUGAGACCACAUUGUUCAGAGACAACAUGAUGUAAUGCUUUCAACACCACAUGUGUUUUCACAUAACUUUAACUAGCAUAUUUCUGCACCAAAAUAAACUCUAUUGUGGCUAAAGUAGAUUUCUGCCAUUUUGAUAAAAGCUUAGCUGAACCAGGGAAAUGAGUUUUGUAAACAUUUGUGCACCCCUCAGAAACUGCCUCCCAUUUUGGCUUCAUCCCACCACCACCGCCCUAGAAAGGAUAUAACAGCAUUUGCCCUGGGGGAGGAAUAACCCUUGCAAUAUCAGAGAACUGGGAGGACAGCUUCUAACAUCUUUGCUCCAUCUGCCUUCAGAACCAGUGAGAAAGUCUUGGCCUGUGAGGAACUAAAAUCUAGCUGCUUAAGCAGCCAUGUUUUCUAGGAGACCUCCAGCCGAUUGGUAAUCAGAACAUCUGACAUUUUUGCUACCCAGCGCCUCCUGCAUUUGCACUGACCGGAUGCCACUGAGUAGCUAAAUCAGAUGGGCUCUAUGGCCCCAAGAAGUCAUCACAAUAAUUACAUGGUCUCUGAAAAUUUUAUCAAUUAUUGAAGGAGAAAUUCAUGGAGGACAAGACUAUCAAUGGCUACUAGCCAUGAUGGCUAUGUUCUGCCGCCACUCUUGGAGUGCCUCUGAAAGCCAGUUGCUAGGAAUCAUGAGUGGGGAGAGUGCUAUUGUGCUCAGGUCCUUCUUUGGAGCUUUUCAUAGGCAUCUAGUUGGCCACUGUGAGAACAGGAUGCUGUACUUCAUGGGCCAUUGGCCUGAUCCAGCAGACUCUUACAUAUUUAGGAAGACAAAGCCCAGUUAAAGUAUUUUUUUUAAAGUGCUGAAGCAACCAAAGUUUGAGGGAACAAUGGCUGCAAACGUAAUUAAAACUGGAAAGUAGAGUUUGGGGGAGUGCACACAUUCUCAGAAAUGUGUGAGAAUGAAAAUUCAACAUAGUUCUAAUUUUGAUCACAAAUCUUUUGCUUUGUAAUUCUCCAAUUUGUUACUUUUCCGCAGUUCCUCACUACUGUACUCUGCUCUUUCUUGUAAGGAUUUGAUUACUGUCCUGGACCUACUAACAUUACUGGAUGAUACAGGAGUUGGGGUUUCUUUUGUUCCUUUUACUUCUCCAUGUCAGGUCAUUGCUGCCUUUAUGAAUGCUUUAUAAAGAAUUUAAAUCUAAAAUAUAUUUGCCUCCAAAACUGAACAACUGCCUCUUUGUAAAAAGCAAGGUCUUUCCUAAUGGGGAAACUCAAUUUGUUUAUUUUGUGCUUCAGCUAAAGCAACUACAGUAACAUUUUUAUUGAUUCUGUUUUUAGACUGGACCAAAUUAAACAUAGGGGUAACGUGGGUUUUUUUAUUUCUCCACUCAGCAUUUAGCAAUUUGUUGAAUUCCUAACCAUUCUGUCUGGCCAAUAAAAGUUAGUCACUAUUCAAGCCACAUCCAGGUCUGUUUUGUCACUGAGAAUGAGUCAUCCUUGCAUAGCAACGCUUCUCAAAAGAAAUGGGAAGCUACCCUUCUGAUAAUUAAUCUAGACCUCCCAUAUCCAAUUAACAUCCAUUCCUUUAAAAAAAAAAACAUAUGUGUUUUAUGUCCACAAAAUUCCUGCAUUGUGAUGUUCAGACAUCAGAAGUACAGAAUGCAAUUGCUUUCAUUUUCCUACUUUCAGAAAAAAAUAUUGCAUUCUAUUACAUAAAACGGAUUUAGCAUUUACACUGAGCUGACUUUUACUUGUUAGAUGAUUAGGAGAAAUGUUCAGCUUACUGUUAGGAACUGGUAUAACCUACAAAUACCUUGCAUUUCCCUCCAAAGUAAGCCCUGCUGAGUUCAACUGGACUUCAGCCUUGGCUGCAUCAUUGUAAAAAAAUAAUUUAAGGCCCAGUCUUCAGAAACUCUAUUCAGUUUGGACCUCACUGAAGGAAAUAAAACUUGCAAGUACUUAAGAGUUCAGUGAUACACAUUCCACAGCUUAUAAACUGGGGGUUACUGUCUUAAGAGCAUUAACAGUUAGCUGUCAUUUAUAUUCUGUGAUUCAAAAAAUGAUUUUUGAAGGAUUCCUGUUUAUGUUUUAAUAUAAUAGCCUUCUGGAACCUAGUGGAUGCCUCUUAAUGAAGUACGUUGUUCUUCUUAGUACUUCACAAAACAGAUAUCAUAGCUUCUCAUUUUAUAUUUUUAAAAUUCUGUUAUUUCUUACCUUGGCAGACUUGAGGGACUUCAAUGAGAUUUGAGAUAUUAAGUUCCAGUGCCAAUUGGAAGUAUGAUGCUUUGAUUUUCCUUCAGGUUGGAAGGAUGAUUAUAUUUUUAUUUUUUUUUUAAAAAGCCAGCCCUGUAGGCCAAAUUCUCAGCUGGCAUGUAUUAGGAUAGCUUAGUUGGUACUAAGAUUUUCACUGAUUGCAUAUGUACCCUUUAGGUUUAGAUUCAAGCUAAACGUCUAAGAAAACACAGACAGGGAGGAUGGCUGUUCUUAAUAGUUUGGAUAAGUAGUUCCUGUAGUUUUGAGACACUGUGUUUUCACACACAUGCAUUCCUAUCAAUGAAUUAUGUUUCUGCUUUCCUGUUUGUGUCCUUGACAUGUUCUACUUUGUUUUCUUAAUUUAUUUUCUACCAGACAGGAGGGAGGGAGGGAGGGAGAAGAGAAGUGAAAUAAUAAUAAAAAAACCACUUUCCUUAUUUUCCAUUUAGUGAGAGUUAAGAAAAAGCGCUGGGGGGGACUUCUGUAGACCAAUUCAAAUAGCCUAGUUUAUGAUUUUGUUUCUCUUUAUAUAUGCUGAGUGAAUCCUCAUGGAAUUUGUUGCUGCUCACUCUUUGCCAAAUAAGGUUCCAUGGAUACCCAGCUAUGGCCAUGUGAUUAAUGGUCAUGUCAAGAGAAAGGACAUGUCUCAAUGAACAUCUUUCAUCCUCUGGCAAUUGUUUUUCCAUCCACUGUCCUUCAUUAAAUGAAUUAUUCCCAUUGUGAUAUGUAAGAAUCGCCCCUCCCGCGGCCCCUCUUCAUACUAUGUUCAGCCAAUGCCCUUUCACUCCCAUUGGAAAGUUCAGUAGGGAAAAUAGCAAAGUGACAGAAUAUUUCCAUGUUACCAGUAAAAUAAGGAUUUUAGUUUUGAACAGUGGCUGGGUUAGACAACAGAAUCAUUGUUCUAAUUUCAGAAGUGUGCCUUAGUUAUCAUUUUGAUAUAUUUCCAUAUAAUAAAAUUCAAUUUUAUUUAUUCAUAUAUUCUGCUCUUCAAGGAUUCUCAAAGAAGCUCGCUCUCUCUCUCUCCACCCAAACACACAUUCAUUUAAGUGUAAAUGAAACUAUAAACAAUAAAGUUAGGAAUAAUGAGAACAGCACUGGAGGGAGAAUACAAGCAUAAAACAGACUUCAGACUAACAAAUCUCAGAGACCUGCUGUAUUCAUGCAUUAUAUUUAAAGGUGUAAAUCUGAAUGUGUGAAGUGGCCACAGGUAGAACACCCACUGACUUCAAAGCAUAAGGAUUAAGCCAUAGAUAUGUGACUGUUUUGACUGAAUAAGGGUAAGACAGUAGCCCCAUCUGUUAAGAUAUGAGGCAGUGGAAAAUUCUGACCAGUUCCAAACACGCCCUGCUUAUGGAAGUGAUUCAUUUUGGUUACUGACAUAGAUGAGGAAUUACCUAGACAUCACCAUGAAAGCUAGCAGAUGGUAGGUCUAAAGUCCUUUUAGACGCAGGGGCAAAACGUCAAGGCAAUACAGUAGUAAGGUGAGCUAGGAGUAGCACACAUCAACCAUUUUAUGUGGGAGAAAGUAAGUGAUGGGGGUAGGUGAAGUUUUAGCAGAGCAAUUUAGGCUAUAAAUCAACUUAUUUGCUUCUGUGUCUUCUUUGAGCCAGCGUAGAACAUGGUUUCAUUUAUUACUCUGAUGUGGCCAAAAGAGACUAAAAUGUCAAGUUUAUAGCAGAUGUUUAAGGAAAGUUUUCUAACACGAUCCUCUAUGAAUUCUGGUUCACAGAAAUGUGAUGUAAAGAUAUUUGCUGUUUAGCUGUUAAUGAUGCAUUCAGGGGACUUUAAGAAAACAUUUUCUUUAAUAAUUCUUCUUGCACGUCAGCUUUAUGGACAACUGAAGCUGUUUUCUUCAGUAAGUAAAGAAAAGCAUUCCAAACCAGUAAAGAAUGCAUGAUAUAAGGCAGAGAAUUGAAACAAUAUGGGUUUAGGAAUUGACCUUCCAAGUUUCCUUAGGCUGAAACUCUGAAGGGUACUAGUGAGCACAGUGGUCACAUAAUAAUGAUGUGUAGUGCGCAGAAGGAGUGCAGUAUGUGAGGGCAGUGAUUUGUCAUUGGGAUGAGUAGAGGGAAUGCCGCACUGUGUGCUGUGUGCCCUUGCCAGCCCACUUCCUGGCAGAAGGAGCACAGGAGGCAGGAGCCAAUUCCACUUCAUGGCAGCUGAAAACCACAGGCCCAGUCCAUUAAUUUAGGCAGUGUGUUUGCAGCACAUUUGGGUAUAAAGCGAGGCUCCUUUGAAAGGGAUGCCCUAUAUAUGUUCGUUCUGUGCCGAGUAUGGAAAGUGUUACUAUGCAUGACAGUCUCAAGUUUCCAAAGAAGGUGCCACUGAAAAAGUGAAUCACACAAUUUUCUUCUUGUAACUCCUCAAAUAAACAUGUGUGUGUGUUAGAAGUAUGCAACUAAUGAUCCAAGGGCAAUAUAGGCAGCUAUCAAUCAACUAUUUUAAUUAAAACCUAUUAUUAGGAGAAAAAGAGAUACUACCUUCUAAAAAGUUGAUGGGCAUUUCCAAUAGUAAGCAGAUUUGGACAAGCAAUCUCAAUAGUUCUGUGUAUUCUUUUUAGCAUGAAGGAACUCUUCCAUAUACAUGUGGUUCUUCUCUGAUGAGGACUAAGUUAUGAUGUGACCAAUUUGCAUCCCAUUUUAUAUUGGACCAAGACUAUGAGCUUAGGGUUUGUGAGUUGGAUGCCCCAUAUGUGAAGGUACAGCUCUGCAGAUGUAUGUCCACCCCCCACCCCCCAUUUUUCCAGGGCUGCUAAAGUGGGCAGAAAGGAUCUCUGUGUCCACCCCCAAUGAUGUACAGUUGCCAACAGCCAUACCUCAUGAUGGAAUAGAAUUAAGCUGAAGUAAUGCAUUUGUCUGGUGAUUCAGAAGUGUCUGGUUGGAAGAACUUUCAUGGUUGUUCUCCAGUGCUUUUUUUCACAGUGCUGUAAAUCAGUAAUAUUUUUACCAAGAACUUUACAAUCAAACUGAGGUGAAUAAUUGUCUCACUGUAGUUUGUUUCAGACAGCUGUAUGGCCCAAAAAUGAAACUCAGAAGCAUUGUACUUGUUUUCCUUGGGCAUUUUUGUAAACCACUGAAUCAGAUUGUUUUCCAGUUUUUCUAAGUAGAAAUUUUGAUGGGGAGAAAAUGUGUCAGCUUUGGCCCUGGCAGCAACAUUCACAGCUGUACAGAUUCUUUGCAAGCCCAAAAUCUAAAUUUCUAUAAUACCCGUAAUGUCUCUGCUGUUCUGGCUUUAAACCUAAUUCUGAAUACAUUUACUGACUCCAUUUAUUUGAAGUUCUCCUUGAUCACAGUAGAACUUGCUUCCAAAUACUGUAUGUCUGUUUAGAACUCAGUUGUGGGCAUAAAUUCUUCAUGCAGCUGUGGAAGAGUUUAUUUGUGUGUUUCAUUGUAACUUUCAUUGUGUCUAUUUCCUGUCCUGCUUACUAGCAAGAUUUAUUUAAGGAUUUUGAUUAUUUUAAAAACCACUUGCCGUUUGAUUGCAAUCAGAACACAAACACUGAUUCUUGCCACAAGCAAAUAUCAAACUAAUUGGUCUCAUUCUGAUGUAGCCUGAAACCAUGGACUUAAUUUGGGGGUAAACAAGCUUUGAGUUUCUGUGUUCCACAUUCUAGACAAACUGGUUAGUUUUAGCUAUGGUUUAGGGAAACAAGCCGACUUCAAAUCAUGGUUUAUGAUCCUGGAUUUCUAAACCAUUUGUUGUUGUCGUUUAGUCAUUUAGUCAUGUCCGACUCUUUGUGACCCCAUGGACCAGAGCACACCAUAGUUAAGGUUAAUCAUGUCUUUAGGUUCAUGCCUAACUAUAAAUCACAAAUAAUUGAAAAUGGAAGUGAAAGCUUCUUACCUCCUCAUGGCCGCACCAGAGAGGGAGGAGGGCACUAGACCAAGGGUUGUACAUAUGACACUGAACCAUAGUUUAGCAUUACAUUUGAACCAGAUCAAAUGGAUGGAUGGAAAUAUAUACAUACUGUCAGUCUAAAAGGAGAAAGUUACACACACACACACACACACACACACACACACACACACACACUUACACUUGCUUACCUACACCUACAAGGAUACUUUCUUUUUGCAAAUGCUGGCUGAAACCAAAACAGCAACUUGCAACUGAUUAUUUCAUUUUUAAAUGCCAACAAUGAUAAUGCACUUGAGCAGUUUCUGUUCAAUAAGAUACAUAAAUGAAAAUUCAACUGUGUUAGGCUUCACUCAAGAGGAGCUUAAAGCAUCAGAACCCUUCCCAUGGGUUUCAGUGGCUCUUCUUUUAGACUCAGCAUUUUUCAAAGUUCUGAAGUUAAAGAAAAAUCACAUUAGUUUUGAAAUAGAAGCCCCUCGGUAAAAUUUCCUUGCUUAAGUUGCACAUGUGUCCUACAACCUUUCUGCUUAAUAAAUGCCAUCAAUUCACGUUAAAUACAACUGUAGUGUUGGGCAGAUUGGGACUGAAAUCUAUAUAAAAGAUUCUGGGCUACAACAGUAAAGCUGUACCUACCAGGAACAAGAAGAUCCAUAUUUUCCAAAGUGACAUGCAUAGGUCUCCUAAGACUGAAUGGAAAGUUACACGUUAUACACAGAAAGAUUCCAGUUUUUCCCUAGAUUCACUUUCAUGGCCAAAAUGAGAAAUACAGAGGCUUGGAUCCAGACAAGUGCCAAUGGAAGGAGGUGGGUGGGAGCUACUUACAGGAGGUGCCUUGACCCAGUUUUCAAAUGUUCCCCAUUUCCUACUCAUCCCCCUUUCUCCUUAGCCUACCCUGAAUUCAGGAAAGGCUUGGGGGGUAUGUCGGCAGAAGUCUGAGAUAAAGCUCUUUGAUCCAGUGGUGACUUCCAUCAGCAGAAUGGGAAAGGAGGCAAUUAUUACAGUAUUAUUAUUAAUAAUAAUAUUACAUAUGUAUUUAUACCCUGCUUUCCCCCCUGACAUGACUCAAGAUGGCUUACAAAUAAAGACAAGAACCGCUAAAAAUUAAACACUGAUAGAAUUAAUAGCCAGUCUCCUCCAGGCUAUUGAUUUGACUCUUGGAUGUGUAUAUAUUUUCAUUAGAAGAACACCAAUAUCUUAACUCUGCUCAACUUCAAGUUUACUGCAAAGUAACAAGCUAUAUUGUAAUAUAAAUAUAUAAGUUAUAUAAAUAUAUGACUUUGUAUUUCUUAUUGCAGAGCUGAAAACAAGGCUUGGCCCCCUAAUAUUUUAGAAGAUGGAAAAGCACAAGCUUAUCGAGUCAAUGUAGAACCAGAGCCACAGGUAUGUGAUCCUUUGACACUAUACUAUAUCUGUGCCAUUUUAUAAGAUAAAGCAGGACGCUACUUCCUUUCACCAAUUAGCCGAUCAACAAAUAAAUAGACACAUGAGAUGAAAUUUUAAAAGAUAACAUUUUUAAUGUACAAAGUGCUUUCACUCGUAUCCCAUAUACAGUGGUACCUCGGGUUAAGAACUUAAUUCAUUCUGGAGGUCCGUUCUUAACCUGAAACUGUUCUUAACCUGAGGUACCGCUUUAGCUAAUAGGGCCUCCCACUGCCGCUGCGCUAUUUCUGUUCUCAUCCUGAAGCAAAGUUCUUAACCCGAUGUAAUAUUUCUGGGUUAGCAGAGUCUGUAACCUGAAGCAUCUGUAACCUGAAGCGUCUGUAACCUGAGGUACCACCGUAGUGCCAAGUGACUGUUCAUCAGCACAAGGGUUUCUACUUAUGCAACAGGACUCUCCCUGUCCCCCUGCUCUGGGUUCUGUUCUGGAUUCCUCCAAUCCUCUGGGGCAGAUUUGGGGAGUGUGCAGUAGGAGGGGGGAGUCCUCUUGCACAAGCAGAAAUCCUUGCCCUAACAGGGCAAGGGAGUUGAAAACAUUUACUGUAUUUCAUUCAUGUUCACUACAAACCUUGGCUUAGCUACCAUGCCACACUGAGCUAAAAAUCUUGCUUUUCUCAUGGUGUGUGACUGGAAUCAAUUCAUGGUUCUCUCAAGCACAUGUCACAACACACAGUCAGUUCAGUGACUAAUGGUACAUUGUUCUAUGAGGCUCUCCUCCAAGCCUCUGGCUGAAGUGAGGUGGGCAGCAAGGGGAGACAGGGGCUUUUCCAUUGUGGCACCUUGUCUUUGUAGUUCUGCCCAAAACAGACUUGCCUGGCAUACUAUCAGUUCUCUUUUUCAGCACCACUGGAGUGCACGCGUACACAUACAAAGUCAAAUCUUUUGUUCUUCAUCAGGUUUGCUUCUCUGGUGAUUUAACAUGAGAAGCAAAGUGGCAUUUUUUUUUUUUUUUUAAAUCAUAUUUAUUAAAGUUUCCAAAAAUAUAAAAAUACAAAGAAAAAAAGAAAAAGAAAAAAAGAUAUUUAAAAACCUUACUUUCAUUGCCUACUUUCUGGGACUCCCCUCCCCCGACUGUAUUCCCUUUCCUUAAUUUAGUUCUACAAGCUCUCACUCCCAAUUUGAAGCUUAAUUUGUUUAACCCACUAUCCAAAUUGAAUUGUACAAAUCUUACCACCGUCCCACAUCAUUAACAAGAAAAGAAAAAGAUUUUCCCCAAGAUCCACCCCAGUUCCUUCCACGAAUUCCCUUUUUUAAACACGUCCAAUCAAAAUAAAAUGACAUGCGUAAGUUAUGUAAAAAAAUAAAAAUAAAAGAUAUAGAAAAAUUCAAAAGAUGGUUACACAGCCUUUGGAUUUCAAAUCUCCCCCUUCCCCGGUUUGAAUUCCCAUAUCCAUCAGUCUGUGCAUUAUCAGCUUGGAAGUCUCAAUUCAUGACCAAAUUUCUCCCGAUUCCAUCUUGCCGGUUUUCUUUUAAUUUAUUAAUAAUAUGUAACUUCAAGUGUCCAAUCUAACAAAGGCCUUUAAUUUCCUUGAUCUUUACCACUCCUCCCGUUGUUCUUUCCGUGUCGUAAUCAGUCCUUUGUUCUUCUUUUCCUCACUUUCUCAGGUUUCUUGUCCUGUUCAGCUGCUAAAACUUUCUAAUUCAGAAAUCUGAUAUCUCUGCAGAGGUUUGUUAUUCAGGAACAAAAACUUACGUCCAGUCCCUUCCUUUCUUCAAUAGAAAAUUCUAUUGUCUCCUUUAAUGUAAAUACCUCUGUAGACAAAAUACUAUUUCAGUUUUGCAGCUUUCCCAAAAGAUAACAAGUCCUGUGCGAAUCCCAGAGUAUUUUUCCACUUACGACCGUUCUUGUAAUAUCCCGAAACCCCUCUAGGGGGAUUGUAAUAACUUUGCAUCCUCUAAUCCAAAAGUCAAAUUGUUGCUUAUUUUCCAACAGUUUAUAUCCAUAUUGUAGCAAAUUGUAGCAAAAUUAACCGGCAAAGUCCUCAUAACAAAGUCCUCUUUAUAUUCUCCAACUUUGACAGCCACUUUGACAGCUGUCAAAGUCUCCGUCUCUCUUCACCAGGCUCCACGAAUCGCCCGGUUCCCAGGGGGGUUGCAUUUUUCUUCUCACCCUCCACUCUUCUCCUCCAGCACAGUUCUUAUAAUUUCCCAUCGUGAAAUUAAUGGUUUUUAUCAAGAAUAUACUUCCCUUUGGACCUUGGUUACCCAGUCCUUGUUUUGGAAUGCUUACAGUAGGGGGGGGGAUUGACUUCCUUUUAAAUCGCCCCGCUCGUGCCAAACCGAAAUUUUGAACCCGGUUUCCCAAUUACUCACGGGUUGUUGUUAAUAGUCCAAAUUUUCAAUGGAAGAAGUCAGCGCUCUCCGUCGAAUGGCAUGCGGCUGCGCUCGGCAGGGAAAGCAGAAGACAACAAGCACCACGCCGCUCCCCGGCACCCGAUCCGAAGCCUUUAAAAAGGCUCCUUCACGAGUCGGGAGGGCGCUAAUGGUGCAAGCCGAGUCACCCAUGUCCACGGACUCCGUGCCCGUGGUUUUUAAGGGUCCCCGCGUCGCCGGCGCGGUAGGACCCAGCCCCUGCCGAGCAGACUCCCUCCGGAGCUCGGAGGGAGUCCGCCAUUCGGCGAUGGCGCCAACCCGGAAGUCCCAAAGUGGCAUUUAAAGAUGUUGUGGUGGCUAGAGUGACAGCUGAAAUUAAUCCACCUACUACCUGCAUAGGAAAUGGUGGUGAUAAGAAAUGCUUUGUUCUUUAACAGUUUUCACUUUUUCACUGUAGUUCCUGGAUUACUGGAGAAUUUGACUGCUAAUGCCAAAAUGGGGUUCUGAGUGCAUCUUGUGCUAAUUGCCAUGAAUAUCUGAUAGCAAAUUAGACUGAGUAGGAAGUUCAGCUUCAGUGUCACUUUAGCCAAAGCAGCUCAACACUUCUGCCUAAACAGAGCUGCAGUACAAUACCAAAAGCCAAAAUGCACAAACAACCUUUUAACAUAAUAUUUUGCCACUCAGUUAAAUGAGCUCCUGCUGACCAUAUGCACAAGGGACUCAACAGAGAGAGAGGGUUAGUCACUAAAUCAGAUGGCCAUUAUGUACAAGGUGUUGAAUGAUGAUGCGUACAUGGGGGGGUACUUUAAAUCAUUACAUUCCUUGCUUUUCAAUUUACAUUUUCCUCUUGGUAUUUUUGGUGAUAUGUACAAUGACUUCGUAUGUGGAACCAGCACAAUCUGAAAUGAGGAAGGGGGAGGGGAACAGCAGAGAUGGUGAGGACUGUAAAUCUCUGGAUUUAUGGGAGUUAAUCUAUUAGACAGAUUGGAGUAACACCCUGGGGUGGGGGGAACAAAGGCUGGUUAUAAAGCAGGCAAAGGAAAGUCUGUCCACUUCUGGUCCUUAUCACAUUUUUACCCAUAACUGCAUUCAAUUUCUGCAUUAUUUUUAACAAUCUAAAAAAAAAAAAAAAAAGGUCCCAGAAUACAAGAGGUGCCGAUCAGGUCUUUCCAGGUAGAAACUUGUAAGCAUCAAGUCCCUCAAGAAUUCCUACUGAAGAAUAUUAGGUGAUCUGACUGAACUCAGUGACACUUUGUUCUGAACAGACACACACGGGAUUGUGCCAUAACAGACUGAGCUGUAAACCAGGGAGUGUGUUGCUUCUGCUAUGGAUUUAGGAAAGACUAUACUGUCAGCCACUAUUCCCAACCUCCAUAUUCUGCAAUACCGAGAUGAUCAUACUGACCUACCCUGCAGGGUUGUUGCAAUCAUGUGUCUAAAGUGCUUUCAGAAUUCUAAAGCACUAUAUAUAAAUGCUCCUAGUGUGGUGUAGUGGCUAGAGUGUUGGGCUAGUUCCUGAGAGACCAGGAUUCAAAUCCCCAUUUUGCUCUGCCCUGAAGCUUACUGGGUGACCCUGAGUCUGUCGCUGUCUCUCAGCCAUUACCUACCUUCAAGGGUGGUUGUGUGGAUAAAUUAGGGAGGAAAUGUGGAAUACGAAUGUAACAAUAACAACUCUCCUGUAAAAACUACAACACCUAUCUCUGUACCCGAACACAGCCAUUUUCCUCCUCUAAAAUAGAAAGAAUGCCUGUGCCACUGAGGAAAGGAAAUCAUUAGUAUAAACUCUUCUGUGCUUUGUCUCCUAUAGAUUUUUUUUAAGACAAAAUACACCCACAUGGUGCUAAUAAAAGAAUGGGUUGUUUGCUUUCUUGACCACUUGCAUAGUGCCGGAUUUGACAGCUUGCUGGCAUAACAGAGAUUGGAAACUCAUGUUUCAAACUGUGAGGUCAGACUCUGUUCUUGUUAAUUGACAGUAGUUGCUGAUUCCUGGUCAUUAGGGAGGGGGGGGGGGAGGAUUGCUGAAAAAUGGGCAUUAGCUUUGUGGAAAUUCACAAGGCUGAAAUGGGAACUAGGAAACAAAGGGUUUGGCAAUACAUUGCAGAGCCUUUCACUGCAAAGUCACUGGUUCGUUUGCAGUCCAAAAUAAAAGUGAUCAAAAGGUUUUGGUGAAUUUAGUCUUGGGUGUCUGUGGUCAAAGAUCCCUGAUGGUAAUAAUAAAAAAGUUAGCCAGCCAAUGGAACCUGGUAUUUAACUAUCCAUUCCUCUUGAUUACAGCUUUAUCAGAAAGGCCUUGGGGUCUCAAAAGCAGCACACAGAGCCCAGAUUUGUUUGCUUAAAGUACACAUCACUCUUGGCUUCCGGUAAAAUAAACAGCUACUUUUUGUUGGGCCAGUCAUACCACCCACAUAAGUGUCUUUUCAUUUGUCCUUUUGACGUCCUACAGGACAAUAGUUAUAGCAUUAGUGUCAUUCUACUAGUCUGACAUGCCACUUAGCUGUGUUUAUUUCCUGUGGAACAGAACUCUCUUAAUGGAAGCACCAUGAAACAAUGAGUUAAAUAUUAAUUAUUUUUUAAUAGAUGUAGCUCCACUUUCUCCUCUUGGACAGACAAAGAAGAUAAUGUUUCAUUUAGAGAUAAUACUUAAAGCAUGUUUUCAGUUGUUAUUCUUAACAUAGAGUAAAAAAAAUGAGAGCUAUAAAUGAGCCAUGACAUUUCUGAAAUAAAUGGCAGGUUGGGAGACGCCACUAAACCAUUUUGAAAACAAAUUCCUGCUUCACUCAUGAAAACUGAGCAAGCCUAAUUAUCCCUGCAUUUCAUAUGAAAACAAGCACUUACAAUACUACAUCUAACGUAUGUUUCAUUCUGCUGUGCUAACUGUAAUUGGUUGCAUAUGUAGUAGAUGUAUUUUGAAAGCAAGGCUUUAAAACAUAGCUGGUUUUAAAGAAUUUAUCAUAGAACCUUAGGGAUGAUUUCCUUUACCACUUGAAGCUGCACUGCGUAUUUGGUUUAUUUCAGUUCACACUAAUGCCCCAGUUCUUUGCAGGUGCCACACAUGUGGGACCAGAUUUUUUGCAUGACAUUGGAAAAACCACCCUAAAUCCGUAUUUAGAUGGGAUGGAAUUCAGGGUGGGGAGCCACGGUCCACCCACUUAUUUGGGGCCUGCCUUUGUCUUGAGUUAAAAUUCCAUCCUGGGGUACGAGUAGCUGUGUGCUAAAACUGGAUGCCUGUCCUUGAUGGUUACUGCACAGAAUCAGUGGGCACAGCAAUUCCAAGUGGUCACCAUGUGCCCAUAUGAUUAUGUGAAUGGACUUUUACUUAGGAUUGCUUCCUUGGUUAUUCUUUCUGUUCUCUUACUUCCCAGUGAUAGCAGACUUUUCAUAAUUUUCACUGCAGUUAAUUUGGAGUAAGGCAUAGAGGUUAAUUGUGAUUGUCAUCCACAUGUCUUGACUAAGGAGCUUUGGAACAGAUUUCCCUUAUUAGCUGACAAUUGGAAUGAGAAUGUCCCAUCUGUAUGGAGUGUUCUGUUCUGGCAACCUUCCAGUAUUAGCUGAUGUGGAAAUGAUCCCAUGAUAUGGAAGUGGUGGUGGUCCCUUUGGGGAUAUACUUUAUAGUGGUGGUAUAGAGAAGAUCCCACAGAGACAAAUUCAAGCAACAUAGUGUUGCCAGCCACCCCAAUCUCCGAGUGGUGUGAGAUUCCAGGAGUUCCAGGGGUUUGUGUUUCCUUUGGAAUGAGAAAUAGUAGAGACUGUGGCAUCUUUAUGAUAUAUGCUUUAUUUACCGUAUUUAUACAUAUAUACAACCUGACCCUACAAUGGAGGAGUUCACAGCAUUAACACUCCAAAGAGUCUUGUUUCUCCCAUAGUCUUGGAUUCAAACACAAAUCAAACAUUGUUCCUACACUUUCUCCAGCUUGCUUUUCUUCUAGUUCCUAUCCAGACUCUGGUCUCAACUCUGCCUUUGUCUUUCUACCUAUUUGCAAGCUGGGAGAGGGGCUCCACUCAAUUGCCAUCUCACACAGAGCCCCUUUGUUCUUCUUAAUAGCCCAUCACCCAGGUGAUUGCCUUACCAGGAAGCUAGCGUAGCAUGUAUUUUAACUCCUGCUGGAUCCAGGGCUUAGAAGGGUCUUGGUAUACAGCCUAUUUUCCCCUGCCUAAACUCAUAACACUACAUCAGUGGCUCCCAAUCAGCUAAGUACCCUUGUUUUUCAAAAGCUAAGCCUACCCCUACUUUUGAAAAUGUUGAUAUCUCUAUGUAGUUUUUGUUAUGUGAAUGGUGCCACGGACCCCCUGGGUGGGUUACGCCAACCUCACAACUAGGAACCACUGCACUACAUAAUAUGUGGGCCAUCAUAGGUGACAGGACUGCCUAACUACUGUGUACACUAGGAGCAGCUAACCUUUUUCAGCCCAAGAGCUAUGUAGACCUCAGGUCAGCUCUCUAGGGCCCAUAUAUAAGUAUGCAUGGCCAUAGCCAUUUUUUUUUUUUUAAUGGACUUAAUUUCAACCACUGAUGCAUUCUUCUUAUUCCUCACCUAUUUUGCAACUAUAAUAGAAGAGAGGGGAGAUUAAAAAAAAUCAUUGCCAGCUGACAUUGACAAUAAGAAUAUUCCACCAGUGGUAACUUAAAUGUAUAAACAGUCCAUGUGUCCAAAAAGAUAUCUAAACAGGAUUGGUGACUAUAAACAUAGAAAGGACUAUGAAAUUUUCAGUCCACUGAGUAGUAGAUGGUGGUUGUUUAUAAUUCCAGCCCUGCACUAUAUAGGUUGUAUUCAACUAAGUCCUACUCGGAGUAGACCCAUUAAACUUAAUUGGAGGAAUUCAACAGCACACUAAUUAAAGUCACUUAGCAGUGUACUAUUUACGCUGGAAUGGCUUGCACCAGCAGAAUGGCUUGUGGAAGAAAAGGCACAAGAAGUCAGCAUGGUCCUUGUGUCUGAUUGCACAACCGAUACUUUCUGUUGAGCAAAACGUCACACAACAAACCUCCACGAGCACAACCACUGCACUGCAUUUCAUAUUGUGCAACCUUUAUUUUUGUCCUUAUGCUAGGCUAGCGCAACAACUUUUGCACUAACAGUUGGAGAAUGUUGACGUUAGGUCAAUAAACCUACCGUAAGUCAUUUGUGCCCACUAACUUCAAUGGGUCUACUCUGACUAGGCAUGGCACUGAAUACCAUCCAUAAUUUCUUUGCAACCAUAAGGCUUCACAGGAUACACUUUGUUCAUUAUUCAUUACUAACAUUAAAUAUUAAAUUCAACAAUUUAUUAAGAAAGCACUAGCCACUAAACUAAGAGCGUCCCCAAACAAAUAAUUAUUUUAAUUCCAUUUCAUAGCUGGAAGCUGCCUUCCCUCUUACUCACUCACACAAUUAAUUUCAUUUCAAUUUACUUCUGAGCUAUAAGCACCCUGUACCUCCCCCACCCACAUACGGUAAUUAAAUUCAUUUCACAAAGCACUGGCCUGUUUACUCAUUUCACUUUACAAAGCAGUGACCUUAAAUUACAUUGAAUUGUGCUAUUUAAAAGUUGCUGUUCAGUGUCCCUUUGGGUGCCUCUGAAUGCUUGUUCUCUCCUUUGGUUGGCAUCAGCUGUCUCCAGUUGCUGAUGGAGAGAUAUGAUCCCUCCUGAUUGUUCCUAAGGGGAGCCAAUGCAUGAAGCAGCAGGAAAAACAACAUACUGAGGUUUCCAAGUGCUGCAGAAGCCCUUGUCAAUAAGGAAGUGACAGGCAACUUACUGGAUAUGCUGCUGCUGCUACCACUUCUAACAACUUUAGGGGAUUUUAGGGUGCUUUGGGACCCUGUGAAAACUCACUGAACAACUAGAUAUGACAGUGGGAGACAGUAAGGAAAAGGAAAUUAUAUUUAACGAGAUUUCAACAGAGCCACCUUGGAAUGGCUUGGUGACAUGGACUGGCUAAACACAGAAGAAUGGUUUUUAUUUGUUUUCAUUAUUUAUGCUCUGUAAAAUGUGUUCUUAAUGUUGUACACCUCCCUGGGAUAUUUUGGUAAAGGGCUGUAUAUAGCUCUAAUAAAUAAUAAGUUUUAGUUGGAGUUACCUCUCUGGAAAUCAAAGGCAGGAUCAGUGGAUGUGCUACGUGUUGUAAGUGUCCAUUCAUUUCUACUACAUUCUACCUAUAUAAUUGUAAAUAAAAUAAUGAAGAUAAUGUAAGUCUUAAGUGCUGUCCCAUUCCAAGGAAACUGUGCCCUGAAGCACUGGCCCCAAGUCUCUUCAGCACUUCAGGAAUUAGGAAACAAUAUUAUUGCCAGCAUGAAGUGAGAUAUUAAUUGUACCAUCCUCCUGGGCAAAUAUAGUUUUCUUAGUUAUAGUGACCUUUCUAUAAGAUGCAAGCUGGGGUCGGGGGGUGUAGUAUUGUAUAUGAAUCUUUUGGGGAAUUAUACAGUAUCAAACAAAAACAGCAUAUACUGCAUAAAAUCUCCAAAUGAAUUCAGUUAAAUGCAUCACCAAAGAGAAAAAAUAGUUUUCAUACUUUUGAGAAAACAAAAUAUGAGAUAAUACCCUGGCACAGUCCUAGAUUCCCAAUCACACGGGAACUGCAGGCUUGACUGAGGGCUGAUUUAAUGGUAGAAACACGCAGAAGCAUUACAGCUACUGUUAUUCAAAUCAACCAUGAAUGGAAGGAAUUUGUACAGAGUUCUCUCCCCACCCCCCACCCCAAUACCACAACCAUUCAAUGGCAUUACUAUUUUGGAGACAACUAAUUCCUUCAGAUCAAAUUGCUAGAGUGAAAAAAUGGCAACAAAAAAGAUUAACAGAUUUUUGCUUCUUCAUAAAGGUGGCAAAGCAUAUUAAAUAUUGCAUCAAAGCAGGAUAAAUAGUAUAAUAUCAUGAUGUUCUUGCUAGUACUGGCAAGACCACUAAAUUAAUCUCAGUUAUAUAGUUUAGCCUGUCGACACUAUUAGGAGAGUUUUAUUUGUGUAAUUUCAAUAAAAUCAUAGAACUGUAGUGUUAGAAGAGACCCCGAGGAUCAUCUAGUCUAGCCCAACUCCCUACAAUAUAGGAAUAUGCAGGUGUCCCAAAUGGGGAUCAAAUCUGCAAUCGUGGCAUUAUCCCCACUACACUAGUCUAACCAACUAGGCUAUUCAGCUUUUGCAUCACGACCCGCAUCCCAUUGUUUUGCUAUAUUUGAGCAUCAUAUGAGUCAUGAAGGGUUAAAUAGGGAAAUGGACAGGGGUAUGUAUGCCCCCCAACUUCCUCAAGCUGCAAGAGAGUUUUUAAGUGAGUUGAGCUGAAUUCCUUGGUUUAGUCUUGUUUUGGUCUCUGGCAGGAGUCAAGGGGGAAGCUAGAUAUCCAGGGGGAAGCUAGAUAUCCACAUACUGUACAGGUGGAUAGCCAACUCCAGAGGAUUGAGGAAGCAGUCCAGUAUCAGGGCAACCCAGAAACAGAGGGCCUUAAGAAGAAGCCAAAGCCAAGUAGAGUGAAACAGUUUAAAAGUGGGCACGAUGUAACAGCAGGGUUGUGAGACAAUGCCAAACAUAACACAGCAGCCUGAGGUGCAGUAAAGAUUCCAAGAGCAAGGUGCUAGCAGAGGUCAGUAGCACAGGAUCAGUUAGGACAGGCAUCAGAAGCAAGAAGCUGGGGUGCACAGAGCUAAGGUCCUGCACUGAUCCAGCAGCUAACAAGUCUGCGGCUGUGGUCACCCAGACCCUACUCAGGCCCAGCUGCAACUGGUUAUCUCAGACUUCCAGGUUCCUUGCUUCCAAUGAGUCCUUUUCUCCCAAGGAUGACUCUUACUCCUGAGGAACCUGGUUCUUUGGGGCCUUUAGGCAUGCUCUCUGUUGAAUGAGAAGUCAGUCCGGCUCCAGCAGGGCACCUCCUACAAGUGCACAGCCAUCGCAGGGAGCAUUUCUAAGUGCAUUCAAGUAAAUGUGCUUGAAAGCUAUCUUCAGACCUUUUUGCUAAUCACUCAGAGAUUCCCAAGAGCAGCUGGUCUGCUGCGGGAUGUGAGGAGUGGGGUUUGUGUGCCCACCCCUGCCCUUCCCCCUAAUUUAAUGCCUGCACAUGGCUAUUGCUACCAGCACAAGUAGGGAUGUUGCUAAAAUAAAUGGGGGGAAAUCCAACAGCAGAUUGUUGGGUUCAACGUGAAAAUUUGGGGGAGUUCUUGGGUUUACAUUUCUUGGGUUAAAAUGCAGCUGCUGCCACCAUGAUCACAAAUAAGAGGGGAUGAGUGAGCACGUAACUACUCCGUGGGUUACAGCAGUAGCAUCAAUAGCAAUGGUUUGCUGGCCCUCGCAAACCGAUGUUUGUCAUUGUCAUUAUUAACAUGGUUGGCACCUCAGGGUGGCUAGUCCUAGAAUAAUCCAUAUCUCCUAAAGGAUUUCCAGAGUUUCAGCAGAUAUUCGCAUGAGCGUAGCCAAGGGGGGACAGCUGCCCCCCUAAAUCAGUAAAAAACAAUUAAAAAACAUAGCUAACUGAGGUUCUGCCCUCCCUAACAAAAGGCCUGUCCCUCUUAACAAAAAUCCUGGCUACACCCAUGGAUAUUCUUCAUAAUGAGCAGCAACGCUAUAUUAUUUUCAGAAGCGGUUCAGUGGGGUUGACCAUCACAAGUUUUUCCAUCUUAUUUAACCAUAACUAUCCCCAGAUAAGCAAAAUCUGGAGUGGCUGAAUCUCAUGAACGUUAGAUUGUCAGUUACAUUACAGUGAAUUUGUAUAAACUGUCACUUAACCCAUUUUUAAUCUGCUACAAGUGAUAUCUAUACAACAGUUUCUCUCAAAUCAACCAUCUUAAUGCCAAAUAAUUACAGUAUAUGUAAAAAAUGCAGUAUUUAGAUCAGGAAAGACUCGUUUCCAGCUGAAAUGUCUUUGUAGUCAGUUCUUUUUCCUGGCUUCCAUACCUCCUGCCCUGGCUGCAAUAAGUAGGCAGGGCUGUGGAUGUGGUCCUGGCUGUGCCACUUCAUCAUGUAUUACUGGCCUAGAAUUGUAGGCAAAUGUGCUGCUUGCAAAUAGAUUUGGGGAGAAGAGUUUCGUAUGCUUUCUGUUGCUAAAAUUGCCACAGUUGUGUAAAGUUCAGCUCCUGAGUUUUGCUGUGCUUUACCUAUGUGGCCAAAGCCCAUGGGAGACAUAAUGAUGGCCUUGGUUAAUAAUGUUUCUCUGUUUUCCACAUAGUCACUUCCUGUGAAUUAAACACUGUGUAGUCAUUUGUUACCAUUUUCAUACAGCUCCAUUUGUAACCAAGCAACCAAUAUUGUAGGUAAAUAAUUCUGAUCACAGUGCAAUACUUUGGUUGUUCUUCAUGGGAAAAAAUUCUGCGAUUUUUUUUCCUUCCCCUUUUUAAUGUGGCGCUGAAUCAUUUGGAAAAUCCUGUUUUUCAUAAUAAUAUAAAGGGUAAUUUGUCCUGUGUCCCAGAUAAGAAAAGUUGUUUCUCACAGUAGGCUCUACGUACAAAUCAUAUGAUUAUUUACUAUAUAUGCAUUUUAAAUUAUUAUUUCAAAUAUCCAAUCAUUAAGGUUACCAUAUGUUCAUGGGCUACAUUUUAAUUAAUGUAUUUUAAGACUUAAAAAAAAAAAAACAACUACCACCACCUGGAGUCAAAGAGUCACCUGAAAUAAAACAUUAGUAUAAUGUAUGUUAUAGACCUAGGAAAAUGCAAAUAAAUGUCUAGUAAAAACAGAGGUGGUUUAUUUUUAAAACAGGAUCAUAUACAAACUUGAAAUCUAACAUUUAGGCCACUCUAUUAUCUUCUCUGACUGUUUGACACAAUCUAGUUUAGAACUUUAGGUUCCUCACAGCAUAAUUUUAAAACUUUAUCAAUAGGAAUAUAGAGAUUUUUCAUUAUUCCAGAUUCAUAGUUGAAUUCUGAAUAAAAACUGCUUGUUGGCUAUGGUAUUCCAUGCAAUCUUGGUAAAGGAAGAAAAAAUAUAAUUAAAACAACUUUUUCAGCAAAAGAUGAACAUGCAGAUUUUAAGAAAUUAAUGCUAUAUUCAGUUUCAUUUAAUAUGACUACAGAAUUUAUUAUCUCUUAGGAACUGACCAUCGGGCCCACAAGCAAACAGGGCCACAAAUGAUCUUUGUAACUCAGCCAUUUCAGUCUAGCAGUUGUCAGAAUUUUUUUAUGUUAGUAAAUUGGUAGAUCCAGAUGGACAAUAGAAAGUGCUUGUGUUUAAAUAUAUGCUCAGUGAUAUAUACUCAGUGAAGUACAAGUAGAAUGAAAACAGUUGAACAGAAACGGAAUAGAAAAGUCCUUAUAAAACUGAAAACUAAAUAUCUAGAACUAGGCACUGAUGUUGGUGGUGUGAUACCAUAUAUAGGGACCAGUAACUAAAGGCUUAAUGGCCAAAUUUGGACCUCAGAGGAAUCCCACCUGCAGGGGCACCCCUUCCUGCUUCACCACCUGAGAUGUAAUGGAAAUAUGUCCCCUUGUCCCCCACAGUGCCUCACCCCACCACUUCUGCCCCCACUGUAAUGCCGCCCCCUUUCACAGAACCCACAAGGCGUUGCUGCUCCUCUUCCCCACCCUGGGGAGGGGAAGACAAGAGGGAACACAGCAUACCAGAACACCUUCCUCUCACCAGUGAGAAGGGGUGCUUUGGCAGUGGUAGGAAAGGUGGUGCUGCCGGCUACUACCUCUUGCACUUCCUCUGUCUGAUGUGGGUGCUUUACCCUGCCUCAUUGGUGGGCUGGCUCUGAUCACCUGACAAUACAGAGGCAUUACAUGUACGUGGAGAAGGCAAUGACUGUAGAUGGCAGCAGAAUGUUCUGCAAGUCUUCAUUGGGAGUGGAGGUAGCCCUGGAUCACCACUGCCUUCAUCUCCUCCUAAAACUCUUAUAGAAGUAGCUCUUGCCAUCUAUGGGCUGAUUGUUGUUAGAACCAUUUCAAUGCAGGAACAAACCUCUGAAGCAUCCUGGUGACAUGAAAGUUGCACCCAAGAUUAAAUGUUCUGUUAGUAAAUAAAUGUUGAAAGUACAGCAUUGGAAAAGUUAUUGUUUUGUUUGUUUGGUGUCUUCGGUGUGACUUGGCAUGUCAUGUCCCAUGUUGCAGAGGAUAACCAGACCACAUCCAGAGUACUGCUUGCAAGGAAUGCAGUAUUUGGCACAACUCUAUGCAUUUGGAAACUUACAUAUGAGUGCAGGCCUGCUUGCUUGGAUUCUGUAACAUUGAUCCAAAUGGCAGUAUUUUCCUUUAGAAGUGAUAUAUGCUAGAUUUAAGAGCCAAAUGAAGUGAGAACCUUAUGCUUAUGCAUGGUGUUUUGUAUUCCUGAUAUCACUGAGUACCUGGAGUUGAGCAGGAGGGACAGUUUAGGAGAUAUUCUCUUAUUCAAGAUGGUUGCAGAACCUAAGCCAUCUUGAAUUACUAUCAUGAGUCUUACCAUUUUUGGAUUCCAGUCAGUGAUUAAAGGGAUGGGAAGGCCUUCAUUCUGUUCCAUAGAACGUGUUCUGCAAAACUAUUUAGAGCAAACUUUUACAUUAUUUGCGGUAUUUAUUAAUUCAAAGAUAAGUAAUAGUUAUCUUUGGACAUAAGAUGUAUUGUUCUGUAAAGAUUGUAGAUUUGGGGUGAAUAGUACCAUAAUUUUAUCCAUAGAAAGGUACCCGUUACAAUUACCAUCUAGGUUUAUUCUAAAAUCAUUCUAAACUUAUUUUCCAACUGUUUUAUACCUUGAAAAUGAAAUAUUGCAUAUCAAAACUAUUUUUAACCACUGGGAUGUACAAAAAUAGAAAAAUAUAAUAUGAAUGUUACUACAACUUGUUUGUGAAAUAUUUUAAUGCAGUUUAUUUUAAUAAAUAAUUUUUAAUAAAAAGGAUAUCAGUUUAAAUCUUCCUAUCACCCACCAUCCCACUUCAAAGCUUGUGAAACCUAUUUUGCCUUUUUAAAUCACAGUUCAUUAAGCAUUACAACCACACAAGCCCUAUUGAAGUUAAUGAUGGUUAGGCAGGUUAGGCAGCAUUUGGUAGAUUUGUAUCCUAUGUUACGAUAGUACUGGAGUUUUCUCAGCAGGAAUUUGAGUACUGAAGAUAUAUGAGGCACAGUAACAGAGCAUGAUUGUUUAAGCACAGAAGAAUGACUUUUCUUUCUAGACCGUUCUUUCACUAGAGAUGUGGUGCAGAUUUGUCUAAAAAAAUAAAGUACUAGGCAAAUAACAGAAUAAAAAAGACUUUUGUUAUUAGUGGUGCAAGGCAAAGGUUGGCUUCCUGUCAGAAACAAAAGGAGAGCACAGCAAAUAGGAGAAAUUAUUGGUUGCCUUUCAACUUUAUGGGGGGUGGGGAAUGAACUGUAUAUACUAGUAUCUUCAAACAUGUUUUAGGAAGAAAAGGUUUAUAUAUAUUUAUUGAAAAGCCUAUGACCUGACUUUGGUUGUUCCAUUCCAUACAUCUAUUUGAAUGGAAUGGAAUGGAAAAUUCUUUGUAAAUUAUGCUUUUCAAGGGUGUAGAGAGACACCACUAAAAUUUUAUCUUGUGCUGUAUCAAAUACUUGUUUGAAAGCAUUGCAAGCAUACAGGGCAAAAAAGUUAGCCUAAAUAAAACACUGUGUACUGUGUUAGUUAUUUGAAAACAUGCCAGGCAUAUUCUUCUAGCACCCAAGGUGCCAACAGCCUAACAUGUCAGAAUUUGGUCCAUUUUAUUUUACUGUGAAUGCUUGCAUCUGAAUAAGCGCUUAUUCAGUUCAAAAACUUUGAAUGCUUCCAGAAAUGAGUUGGUGCAAUGAAGUUGUUUGAGAAAAGGUGUUACUGUAAUUCCUUUUCUCUUUGCUGUAUAAGAGCCCAGUUCAUAUAUACAUUGAAGAAUCCAAAUGGACAACCAUUUACAUUAUGUCAGUAUAGAGGUAGCCCUGCCAAGUGAGUUCUGGAAUGGUCUUCCAAAUAGUUCAGCUGAGAUUAUUUCCAGUACUACACACAGUGGUUAACAGUGGGAAACUUCGUAACAAUGGAAAAUAAUGACCAAUGUAUUCUACUGUUAGCAUCUUAUAAUUUUCCAGCCACAGAAUUUUCCUGUAGACAACAUGAAGAAGUUGUAAGGGCCUUCUCGGUAGUGGUGCCUGCCCUGUGGAACUCCCAUCAGAUGUCAAACAGAUAAAUAACUAUAUGACUUUUAGAAGACAUCUGAAGCCCUGUACAGGGAAGUUUUUAAUGGUUGCUGUUUUAUUGUGUAUUUACUAUUUUCUUGGGAGCCGCCCAGAGUGGCUGGGGCAACUCGGUCAGAUGGGCGGCAUUUAAAUAAUAAAAUUAUUAUUAUUGUUAUUUCAAUUUACAACAACAUUAAUAUAAGUAUUUUCAGCUUUUGUUAAAGAUGAAAGAUUAUUCCAGGGAUUCAGACUGUAAACAUCACUAUUUGGUUCUUUGUUUCCAAAGUAUUAGUUUCCUUGGUUGUAUUAGUUCCUAUCAAGAAUGGCAGCCAAAAAUGUUUACAAAAGUUGCAUGAAAGGUGCAGGCAACUCUUGUGAAUAAUUAUUUUUCUACCAGAAAGUGCAUUCAAAAUAAGACUGAUUUAUCACACACAAUUCCCACCCAGAUGUUUCAUACAUUGUAGCAGCUUCAAAGUUAUUGAAAAUAUAUGGGCAUACUGUGUUGCCACGACCAUUUCAGCAUAUGGAAAUGAUGGGGAGGGGGAGCUCAGCACCAGUGGAAUUCCAGUUUCACCUACCCAUGACAAGACAAUUGCAUACAUGUGUUUGCAAGAUGCUGAAUUCAAUCCAGACCAGCUUUUGUCAUGCCACCACACACAUUUCAUUACGCUUGUGCUGGCAGGCCGAGGGCCAACUCAUGCUCCAUGCCGGGCGGCAGAGUGCAUGUGGCUGCCUUGCCAUAAGCUGAACAAGGAUGAAAUCAGCAUGGCUUGAACUGUUCCCUGACCAUCACAUAGUGAAUGUAAUUAUCAGAACAGGCAGUAUCUAGACUUAAGGAAAAGUGAAGACAGUCCUUAUUUAUGUAAAGCACAGCAUCUUUUUUUUUGGGGGGGGGGGGAAUUGAGAUUAGCUAGUUUCAUUAUGCUUCCACUUUCAUGAUGUAUAUGAAGACUGAUCUGACACAACUUCCUCUCAAACUUUUACUUGACCUGCUAAUAUUCUGCUAACAUGCAAGUAUGCAGAAACCACUUUUGUUAUAAUCAAGCUGCUGAACAACGCACAUAAGGAUUGCAUUGCAGAUUUCAGUUUCAUGGGUGAAACCACAGAUCACUGAAAAAUGUAUUUCAUAACUUUCACACCAGCCUAAACAGGGAAAUCCCAGCAUCCCAGAUCAAAUUCCUCAGCCAGGACUUAACUCACUCUGUUUAUAUAUUCUUAUUACAAAAUGUAAGCCUGAUGCAUCUGGCUUUGCCGUUCAAGGUCCUAUAAAUGUAUUUUGAAGCUCUUUCAGCUAUGAAUGUUUUGAUGUGGAUAUAUCUGGAGCAGUUCAGUUUUCCAUGUCCCCCCACCCCCAAUAGCCCAAUACAUUUUGCUGCCUGAGGCAGAUCGGUAAAUUGCUUCCCACCCCCACAAAACUCAAGGUGCAAAGUUGCCAAGGCAAAUCAGGUUAUUUUAACACCGGAGGCUAAACAUCCCAGGAGUGUUUUUUCCCUUUCCCUGGCAGCAGAGGCACAAUAAUAAUAAAUAAAAUAAGUAGCCCUUUCAUGAAAAAUUGGUUGCCUCACUCUGCCUAAUGGCAGGGCUGGUAUAACAGCAUUCUUCCUAACCCCAUCAGCUUAUUUUAACAGUAAUAUUUUCAGAUGGUCUGUGAACAUUUUUUUCUCCUAUACCCUGUCAUAUGGAAAAACGGAACCUUUUCUGAUGUUCAGGCCAUAAAUUUUCUUUUUCUUUUCAGAAUUCAUUAGUCUGGGAACACCUAAACAGUUCUGAUGGAGUAAUGUUCACUGAUGGCCAGGCCAUUAAAUUUUUGUUUCUCUCCUGACCUGUGUUUGCUACCAGCUGGUAUUCAGAGACACAUCACCAUGACUAGUAACCAUAGAUAGCCUCAUCCUCCAUGAAUUGAUUAAAUCCUCUUUUAAAGUUUAUGGCUAUCACUACCUUUAGAAUAGAAUAUUGAAGUCUGACAGGAAGUAUAGGUGGGAAAAGGAAGCCAAGCUUCAUUUUGUAUUACUGGAUUUGUUACCUUGCACUUGAAUAUGUACAGUAGCAUACAAUAAAGAAGUAUGAUAGGGUAAAGGAAAAUGAUAUUACACUGAUCCUGCUCGAACAUAAAAAAUAAGAUUCUGAAUGUUGGAUUCUAACUCCCACCAGCCCUAGCUGCCAUGGGCAAAGUUCGGGGUGAUGGUAGUCCAGCAACAUUUGGAGAGCCACAGGUUACCUACCCCUGAUGUAGAGAGAAAGCCAAGACUUCAGAACAGUCUCCAUAUUAGAAGAUUAAGUUUUAGAACAACUCAGUUUAAGCUUUGCCUUCUGGGUACAGUUGCUUUUUACCUAUUUACAUUUCAGCUGUUUUGGAUUUAUUUCCUUAUUUAUUUCAAAAGGCAAGAAGAAAAAGUUCUCUAAACCAUAUAGAAAUGGCUUUUCUCUUGGUUACUUUUUCCUUUCUGUUUUAGGAAUCAAACAUUGCUGCAAUUUGGGGGCACUUUUCGUUUUGUGUGUGCCUGAGGGAAAGCUUGUAAGGUUUCAAUUCAUCAGUGCAGAAGCAUGGGGGAGUGUAUAUCAUUUCAGUCCCUGCUCACAUCAUCGUAGUUUCCUUUCCCAAGUUUUGUCUCUUAUAAGGAUUUAUUUUUCCUGAACAGAAUAUACACAGUUAAUUCCCUGCAGGAGAAUUAAAUUGCACUAAGUCUUUAUGAGCUAGGGUUUUGGAGCUGAUUUCAAGUACCGCUAUUCAAAAUUGCUCAAAACCAGAGGUUGAAGGAGCAACCCUGGGAGGGAGAAGCAGUUUCCAAGCACUGCCCAUUGGCUGAUGGGUGGUGGGAACACGUCUUGCUACAGCAAAGAAACAAGUGUGCACUCAAUUUAUGAUCAGGAGGUCCUGCAUGUUCCUUUGAAGCCCGGUCCUUAUCUGCCUGUAUGGUGAACAGGCAUGGCUUGCCAAACAUGGUCUUGCUGGCAAAAUGGGGCGGCCAAGCAGACUACGUUUGGAGGUUCUCCAGCCUUGGUAUAAUGUCUGCUUAAGACACGCAUUAGCAACAUAGCCGCAGGAUGAGUUAUAGCUGACGGGGAACUCAAGGGAAGGUAGAAUGGAGGCCGAUGCUUAAAGCAAGAAUGCAGGUGGGUCAGUGGGCAAAAAGAAUGGAAUGUGCACACCAUUUGUGCAAGGUCUACAAUGGUAUAGUCACACCACCAAGUAGCUAAGUUUGAAUCAUCAUCAGACCUCAUCUCCACCCAAGCAAGCGACUGCCAAAGGUCCUCCCACCAGUGGCAGAUAGCAGAAAGCCCAGAAUGGGCCUUUGGAGGGCACUGGAAGCUUUGGACAUGCAGGAUCCUGAGGGACGUGACACAUGAGCUAGUGCAGCAAAAAUGGAUGGCAAACAACCAACCCCAACCCCAACCCACAUCUUCUGCCCUGACAGGCAGGAACCAGCUGGGCCCCAGGUUAAGUUCUUCCAAUCCAAUGACCCCUAGUCCCAUUGAGGAUGGCUUGACCUGCCAAACAAGGUGGCGGGGGGGGGGCAGGUAGCAGGGAAGUGUAAGCUCUAUGAAAGAAGUAACAGACAAGGCCUUCAAAAGACUAUCCCAUCUGCUAGCUAUAUGUGUACUGAUAGAGAUUUAGGAGGGCAAAAAAGCAGUGCUACUUAUUCCAAAUAUUUUAGAAAAAGUUAUCUGAUUAAAAAGCCUUCCAAGCAAGGAGAACACAUGCCAAAUAGUACCGAAAUAGUUCAUGAACAUGGUGAGAUACAAUGCUGGCACCCGCCACAUCUCAUUGUUAGUAAUUUAACUAGGAAGACAGAGUAGCUCUGAUUGCCAAGAAAAGGAUUUCAAAUGCAAAUCCCUGACUUAAGAUCUUUUGAAAUUUUGAAUCCAGCAGGAUUCCCCCUAGGCAGACAGUCUUUCGGUCUCAGGCUCUCGAUGUCAGAUAUUUUUAAACCUUAAUAUGUUUUAUAUUUGUGUUGAUUCCACAUAAAUAAGUCUAUAAAACAUGACAAGUACUCCAUUCUCAAAAUGUGUAUGAGAGAAUACUUUUCUACUCCUUUUCCAAAUUCCUUGCUGAUGACACCCCCCCCCCAAUUAUGGGACCCAGAUAUUAAUAUUAAAACUGUUCCGCUUGAUGUAAAUGCUUUGCUUAAAGAUUGGAUUUCAUAUGUUAAUUAGGAAUCAUAGGGAUUAUUAAAUAUAUAUUUGCUUCAUUCAUUCAACUAGGUCAGAGGUCAUUGUAAAACCUUAAAUAGUCUAAUAAAAAGCCGAACACACAUUCCUCUUGGAUAUGUGUUUCAAAAUGUAAUAAGAGCCAGAUUAUAUUCUCUCAUUGGGCAUUUUAACCCUCUCCUGCCCCACUUAAUUAUUCUGGUAUAUUUCUCUAUUACUUGGCCUAUCCCUUCUGCUAAAAUGGAUGACUAUGAAGAUGCUAUGAGUGAACAGCAUUGGCACCUAAGCAGAGUGCUGAAGUUGAAUACUUACAAAAUAGUACAAUAGUAAUAGUAAAGUUCAACUGUGUCUGCGGCUAAUUUUAAAAUUCAGAACAUAAAAAUACGUCAUCUCUCUGAAAAGUAAAAUAAGACCAUUCUGAGCACUUGUACAGCAACACUGUCUCUUCAUUUGAGACUUUCCAUUUGCUUCAGAAAUGAGGUAUUUUUUUUGUUGAGCCACCAUUUGAGAAAGCUUUAUGUUAACAAAUAAAAUUCCUGAGACUAAAUGCUGCUACUAGAGCCAAAGUUCCUUUCUGGUUAUUUGAUUUUUCCAUUGAUCAUCUGCAAAAACACAUUUUGAAUACACAUUAUUCAAGCUUUAGAUUCUAAAAAUUCUGGGAGACACAGCUGCCCUUAUAGUUGUUCUUUUUGUGAAUGUCUGCACACGAGAUACCACACAGAAUGAGAGAUUGACUCUCCAGAAAUGCCAUUUUGGCUGGAUCUGUGUGCUUUUCAGAGGGUGUGUUUCUACAUGUUGGGGUGGGGAGUUGAGAGAGGAGGGAGAUUCCAUGACUAUAAACACUGAACAGGACAGAAUUCCGAGCCGCCUCCUGUAUAAUCUGAUUUGCCUUUUAUAUGUGGUUAACUCAUCUCAUAUGUGCUAGAUUACUGAAAGAAGCUUCCAAAGCCUUUGUUUGCUCUUACAUUUACUAGCUAAACUGGUUUGAUUCAGCUGACCUUUUAACGAGUAAUCAACACAAUGAAUGGUAUUUCAGUUGAUGUUAUAUACACCUGCAGAAACUGCUGCUGAAAGACUGCUAAGAAGUAGUCUUGAUCUAUUUAUUUAUUUAUUUGUUUGUUUAUAUGCAAUAUAAAUACACAUAUAUAUUUAGUAUAUUCUCUUCCACUCACAAAUUACUUCUGCAGAAUUAAAGGUUUUACUGGUGUAGCUCAAUCCUAUGCAUGUCAACACAGAAUGAAUAGCCUUUUCAAAUAAUUGAACAUUCAUUCUGACUCGUUUACACAAAACUUUGUGUAUAGUUUAUACAGCAUUGCUGUUUGUUGAGCAUUCAUUCUGAUUUGUUUGCAGGAAGGUUACUGGACAUAGCUUGACAUUGUUGCUAUCCCAUACAUUCCAGUACAGCUUCCUGUCCCUUUUUGGUUUGUUUGUUUUUAAUUCGUUCGUUGUGCAAAAGCACCAAAUUCACUUUAGUGGUACAUCCUAAAUUGGUAUGCAAGUGAAUCGUACCCACAAAUAGUGACUGUCUCGAAAUGGCCUAAGUCCAACAAAAUGUAAGUGAGCAUAGAAUUGCUGCCCAAAGCCACAAAGAAGAGGCUUCUUGCAUUCACCCAUAUUUUUGAACCUUUUGAAACAUCCCCUGCAUUAAAGUUGAUUGAUUGGAAACAAUUGAUUCAUUGUUUUCUUUCUUUCCUGAAGGUUUUUGUAAUAUGAUGUUGGAUGACCUCACUAACUCUAAUAGGAAAGGAAAUUGCAUGUAUACACCCAAAGCCUUUUUUAGUUCAAACAGAAAUGAGGCCAAGUAAUCAUGAGCCUCCCCCCCACCCUUUUGGAAGCCUACCAUAGUUUCAAGUAAGAUGCUGCUGAACAUGUGUAAAAUGUGCAGAACAUAGACCUUAAUGAAUGGAUUUAUUGGAAGGAAAUCCAGUAGCUUUUGAAUGCACCAGGCAAUACAGUACCUCUCCAGAGACAACACUUAAGUCAGCCUGUGAUACAAGUACCAGUACCUACUUGCUGCUAGUGUUGCUGUUACUAUAAAAUGCAUAUACAGUGGUACCUCUGGUUACGUACUUAAUUCGUUCCAGAGGUCCGUUCGUAACCUGAAACUGUUCUUAACCUGAAGCACCACUUUAGCUAAUGGGGCCUCCCGCUGCUGCUGCGCCGCUGCUGCGCGAUUUCUGUUCUCAUCCUGAAGCAAAGUUCUUAACCCGAGGUACUAUUUCUGGGUUAGCGGAGUCUGUAACCUGAAGUGUAUGUAACCUGAAGCGUAUGUAACCCAAAGUACCACUGUACUUCGUGCACAGCCAAAAACAGUAGAUGCACAUUUUUGGUAGUCCCUGCUUUCUGUAACUUUUAACAAAACUUUUUUUUAAAGAAAAACAACACCUCCAGGAUACACAGGUUUUAUCACCCGAAUGCAAACUUAUAUGGUGAGUGAGUAAUAAAUCACAGCAUGUAUCUUAAAAAAGAAAACUGUGAACAAGUUUAAAUGUUGCUUAAGGAGAAAACAAUGACUAUACAAUAUGUGGGACUUGAGCUGUAAACAGCAGUGGUAAAAUUGAUUUCUUUUGAAAAAAAUGUUUUGGUUGCUCUGGAACAGUUAGUUUCAGAAACUGGCACAAUCUACCCAUAAGCUGAUGUGGAGGAAUCUAUUUUCCUAUAAACAUUCUCAGUGUCUUUGUUUGUCUUCCUACACAGAGUAGUUUAUACCUCCGGAGGUAAAGAAGUAUGUGACUGUUUCUCAAACAAUGGGGAGACAAAAAUGAUAUGUAAAGGGUUAGCCUAGAGCUGUCUAGUGAUGAAACAUGAGAGCUAGUAGUGUUCAUUUAAUUCAUUUGAAACACUAUGAAAUAACAAUUGCUUGUUGCAUUCAUACGGGAAACUUCACUACUUCAGGAACAUUGCAUUCUAAACCACAACUGAUUCUGCAGUAAGUUUACCUUUUAGUACAGAUAACUACCAUUUUAUUUUCAUUCAUUCAUAGAGAGAUAAAACUGCCAGUAUCUCACACAUUUGUCCCAGUGCAGACUUUCCGCUUCAUAUGUCUGAUGGGAGAGGAAGAUUUUCAGAUGACACUGACAGGUGGAGAAAUUGGGUGCCAGCUUUUCCCCAACUGGGUGGGACCCAACUACAGAGAAGAACUUCUGGCAGGUCACAGGUCCUCUGGUGUCAUUCAAAGAUGGUAUUAACUAGAGGCACAGAACCUCUGACCCAUAUCCAAGGCAAACAUGCCUCCUAGAAAGGGUGAUCAAAUGUUUAUGGACAACCGCAACUCUUCCCCUGCCCCAGCCCUCUGGGCAAUGCUGAUGCUGUAAUGAAUACCCCAAGGGCAACAGUGGAGGUCAAAUUAACUCCCCCACUAGCCUAGGUCUCUGUGUGGAACACCAAGUCCACUUCUUUAUCAUUAAAUUUUUUUGAAUGAAUUUUGAUUUAUUGCAGACAGGCUUGGCAUUCAGCAACAGCUCCACCAGGUCAGAGGGCGACUGGCAUGGCAACUUGGAUCCUGAAAGCAAACAGCCAAUACCGUGACAUAUUAAUCCUUUUAAGAGGAACAGUUCCCAUGUGUGAAUGAAGCAUUCAGUAGCUUCAUUAAAUACGUGUGUGUUAUAAGAUGUCCAUCCCUUUUGAGGUUAAAUGUGAACAAGGCCUUAGUAGAUCUCCUGACUAUAGCUUGCUUUUACCGCAGCAGUAAUACAUAUGUAAGGUACUGCUCAAGUACAGUGGUACCUCGGGUUACAUACUCUUCAGGUUACAUACGCUUCAGGUUACAGACUCCGCUAACCCAGAAAUAGUACCUCGGGUUAAGAACUUUGCUUCAGGAUGAGAACAGAAAUCACGCAGCGGCGCAGCGGCAGCAGGAGGCCCCAUUGGCUAAAGUGGUGCUUCAGGUUAAGAACAGCUUCAGGUUAAGAACGGACCUCCGGAAUGAAUUAAGUACUUAACCUGAGGUACCACUGUAUUAUUGUUCCUGGAAAGUGUAUUACCUGAGCUCCUCAGCACUCCUGUGUGUGACAAACAUUUCUCUGGCAGGGUGUGGUGGGUUGACCUCUCUGUGUGCAAAAAUAUUAAUUUUAAUUUGAAGAAUAGCAUUGCUAAGUUUCUUCUCAAAAGCAUAAAAACAAAAUAAAUCAAGGCACAAACUCCUUUUUUAAAAAAGAUUUUUUUUCGUUUUUAAAGGAAAGGGAAAAGGAAAAUGCACCAGAAAUUUUAUACAAGUCGGAUCAGUUAGUCUCCAGACUGAGGAAAUGUCUGUAAUUUUAAACUUUGAAAGCAAGAGAAGAAUAUGUCCCAAUAUGUUGCAGCUACUUCAUGGGAAAUUGUGGGGGCUUAGGGACCACAAUCCAAGAAGGAAGUCAGGAAAGAGAAUAGGCAAAAGGCAUGGAUAAGAAAACCUGCAGGGCAUCCCAUUUCUGUCACAUGGUUCCCUGCAUAUUUCGAAAGCCAUUGUUUUCUUAUUAUCGGGUUCCUGCUAUUUAUUUAUUGCCCAUCCUUCACCGUUAAGGUCCCAGGGUGGGUGACAGCGUUAAAAACAAUUUAAAACAACUUACUAAUACUAAUACAAUUAAAUAAAUUUAUUUUAAAGUUAAAUUAAUCCCAAACCUUGGAUUAUCAGGGACUUUCACCGAAAGGUUUUUUGCUUAUGAUGAUGGCAAAGAAAAACUUGAAACAAAGAUGCUGAAUUUUGGCUGUGUAGUCAAGAAAUGUUAACUUUCACUUGAGAAGCCAAGUAUCUGGCAAAGCUAUUACAGUUAUAAAAGUGCUGCGUACUAGUUGACAUGACUCAGCAGGAAAUACGAUAAAACAUAAGAAAGGUUUUCUUCUGGGGGAAUAAAUCUAGUUUAUAAUGGUCAGUGAAGACAAAAUGAAUCAUAAAAGAGACUCAUGAAGUCUACUUUGGUAACCAAUAUAAUGAGGGGUAAGGGCUAACCAGUCUAGACUCCUAGGCAAAUUGCCAUGUACCAAACGUGAUAUCCCAAACAUUUUAAAAACAUAGAUUUCUGAGUUGGUCUUUCUUGUACAAAGCUUUGUAUUUAGGCAUGACCAAAAGUCAUAUUUUCUGCAUCUUUCCAUUCGCCUUCCCUGCUCCUCUACCAUAUUACAGGGGCAAAGAACAGGAAACAUAUGCAGACAAAGUUAAGUCGAAAGAGAGCCACAGGGAGUAGGAAAAUCUCAAUGGGUUUGGAAGCUGGAACACAUGGGGGAGAAAACAUGAAGAAACUGGACACUUCCAAUGGAAGGGACAAAAGUUGAUAUUGAAACCGAUAGCUCCAAGUAUGGAAGAUAAAUAUGAAAUCACAUCAGUUCUCAUAAACCAGUUUUCAUAAUUGCUCUUCCUAUCACCUUUCUACAAAGUUAGUACCGUUGAGCAAACAGUAGUAGUAAAACUAAGAUCUUUCAUGUGAUUGCUUAUGAUGGCUUUUUGGUAGUGGGAACAAAAUUAAUUUAUUAAUCUUGAACUCUGAAAAUAAUAAAUCCUGCUCUUCAGCCAACAAGGCUCCCAGAGAGGCUCACAUAAGAUCAAUAAACGUAAUAACAAAUCAUUAAACCAUACAAACUGUUAUGUAUUCAGUGGUUUGUGACUUCACAAACUGCACAUUGUCUUUAAAUAACUUAUUUAAAGAGGUGGCAAUGAUAAUACUUCCCUUUGCUUGCUGUUGUUGGUCCUGAAGGUCUCUGUGGCAGACAAAGCUCUUUCAGCUGAGCCCCAAACCAAUGGAAAAGAAAGGUCCAAUCUCUUUUACAGUAUGCUUCCUUUAUCAUAGUUUCGCAAAGAGCAGGGUACGCUUCAAGAAACAGAGGAGUUGUGUGAUACCACACUGUGCUACUUUUACAAGAGAGAAUAGAUAUUUUGAGGCAUCAAAUAGGGCAGGGGAACCAGUGGCCUUCCAGAUGUUGAAUGAUCACUCCCAUCAUCCAUGACCACUGGCUGGAGCUGAUAGAAUUUUGAGUCCCACAACAUCUGUAAGACCACAGGUGCCCCAGUCCUGAAAUAGGGAAUUAUGUGAAAUUGCUAACCAUACCUGCUGAGAUGAAAUGCUCCUUUGCUAUUUAUAGUAGGACUCUGGGAUUGGAAGUGACACAAAGUUUAAAAGGUUGUUUUUCAUGUUCAAAUGAUCCUGAUUUGCUGUUGUCUGGCCACAAAAAAAGCCUACAACUGGUGAAGUCAUCCCUUGUAAAGGUGUAUAAAAAGACCUGGUAUUUCUUUACAGAUAAAUGUUUUUUUUUUUUAAAAUUGCACAGUGUAGCAUAUUUGAGCAAAACUCCAAAAUAAUCUUAGCCAGUGCUUUUUUUCUAAAAAAAAUGUUUAGGGGUAUGUUCAUUUUGACUCACCAUUUUAUAGUUCAAAUCGGGGAAAAUAAAUACAGUAAAUGGACAAAAGUACAAAGAUUCACAAAUGUUUAGGGGUAUGUGUACCCCCUGCAUCCCUCCCAGAAAAAAAGCACUGAUCUUAGAAUCCUCAUACAUAUUAGUGAAGUUUUAUGCCAUCUGGAAAAAAAUAGAGGCAAUAAUUAUAGUUUUGUAGAGUUAUUCAGUGUGGAUUCAGAACUCAUUUUGUUUAAUACUAGGUGGUUUACAAAAUGCCUAGAAUUAAAGGUAACCACAGAGAAUGUGACUCUCUGGAUUAUUUACAACACAUUUUAUUUUAGUUUAAUGUCAUUGCAAGGUUUUUUAAAAAGUAAUAUAUCAUUGAAAGAAAAAGCUGUGUGGUUGGGAGGCAAAUGAAAAUGUAAAAAGGGAUGAGGAUCAAUUUUGGGGUUUCUUUAUUUCAUCAAGAAGGUAUGGAGGUUUGUCAGAUUAGUUUUAGUGUGAGGAAAUGCUGUAUGUACAUCAGCUGUAAUAAUAAUAAUAAUUCAGCAGUUUUCUGUAACCAUGUCUGUUCUAUUAUUGUGCAGUGUUGGGUUCCUUUGGGCAUGAUGCUAUCAGUGACCACCACCACCCCUAACACGAGUAGAGCCUCUGUCAUCACCAUUGCCCUACAUUCCCUCUCCCUCUGACCCCAGUCAGCAGCCCUGCUCUGAUGAAAAGGGCAAGCCUAAUGCUGGCUCCUCCUCCUGCUUUUCACUUACACUGGGAGAGACCAGGUCAACAAGUAGCAACAGCAAGGAAGAGAAGGAGAGUCAGGAGGCUCUGGGAGUCUGCAGUGGGUUCCUUGCUGGGGUGCGGGCCUUGAAAAAGUGCCUCGGUAUCCCAGCUCCUUGCACUGGUCCUGAUUGUGUACUUUUCAAGAAUGGCUGAAAGCACAGCCACUCUGUUUAAUGAGCUAUAGUUAACAAAGUAUUUUCUAAGCUUGUGUUCUAAGUUCUGAUUGCAACCAUAAACACCCAUAAGCAAUGCCCACUCUGUUAUCCCAUUUGCUAUUUAUCUUUUGCUUGUAGUAUUUUUUCUUCGAUGCAUUAACAGGCCUUAGAAGUUGGUGCAGAGGGAUGGGUGUGGAGAGCUGGCCUCUGAAACUGAGUGGAGUAGAAGGAAGAGAGGGAAUUGGGACAUUCAAGGGGGAGGUAUGUUAGGAUGGGAGUGAUGAAUUGAAGAAUUUCUCUACACUCCAGCCAUAAAAUCUGACAGGCACUAGCUAGCACUGUUCAAGAACACAAUGCUUCCUCAAAAUAUAGUAAGAUAAAAUUGUCUCUCAUAUACAUACUUAAUGACCCACAUCAACAAUGGCUUGUGUUGGCUUCCCAGUGUUUAUGAAGCUCAGCUAAUCCCACAUGGGUCUGCUCACAUUAAUCAAGGACCAAGACACUUCUUCAGAUACAAACUUGCUGAGUAUUGCAGCCAAAGCCUAACUAAAUGCAAUACCCCAACAAAACAGCAGCAGUCAUUCCACAAGAGCUACUAAAUGCAACAAACAUUUAUUUCCUCCUCUUUUCUCUUUUCUCUCUGUAUAUUCUUUAUCUACCAAUAGCAGGCUGCAUAAUACUAAAGCAGUAUUGUUAGCAGUUGAGAGGCUCUACGCACAAACUACUGUUGCAGACAGGCGUGGCAUUUAGCAGAAGAGGUUGCUUAAUAUUGGCAAUGACAACUAGUGUUACAAAAUCUCUGCUUCUUUCCCUGUUUAGGAUAAUGGACCUGUUCCAAAUAGGAGACCAGCGACAUUUUCACCUGGAGGAAGUCCAACAGACAACAAACAGAUAUCGAACGUGCAGUACAAUAACCCCACGCGGCUAUAUACAAACAACAAUGCAGAUUCCAGUUUACCAUCACAGAUGAGUAGUCUGCAUAUCACAUCUCCCCACAGGUAUGAGAGUCAAACAAGACAUGGUGAUGGAGCUUAUUUUUAUGAAUAGCUGCUGUGGGUGGGGAGAGGGCUACACUGUGGCAGCAGGGAGGUUAAUCCCUUCUCUUGGACUAUUCUUUCAAUGAAAAUUGCAUGCAGCCACCUCAAAUACAUACUCACUGCUUUUAAAAUACCAUUACGGUAGGCACCAGGAAUGGUUUGCAGAAAGAGUCAAACAGGGAACUAAUUAGCUGGAGUGGGUGGGAGGAGUGCCUGAAGGGUGCUGGUUGAAGGGGGGGUUACUCUUUGCAUUUUUAUGUAGGAACAUAAGUAGAGCCUGAUGGAUUAGGCCCACCCAGUCCAGCAUCCUAGUGUCACAGAGGCCAACCAGAUGGCUAUAGGAAAACAUGCAAGCAGGCCAUUUGGUUUGUGAGUGGUGUAUAUGUGAACAGGACAAAUGUAAGAGCGAAAGCGAAAACUGCAUCCACAAAUUUGCAUGGGUCUCUAUUUAUUUAUUUCAAAUUUGAACCACUGAAAAUAUUUACAGCAUUUUGAGUUGACAUUUGCAUCCAAAGCCUAUGCAUUGUUUACUCAGAAAUGUAUUUAAAGGGGUUUACUUCCAAGAAAGCAUGUAUAGGAUUGCAGUCAUUGUGUGGCUGGAUGGGGGAGAGGGAAAGAAUCAGAUGCUCUCUAAUAUCUAAAUAUAUGGUUUCUGUUAGAGGCAUGUUUUGAAGUAGGCACUUCAAAAAUUCCAAGAGAGAAGGACACCUUGCCAGUUACUGGGCUCCUGUUGGAAACAGUUUCCUCAUUUCUUAAAUCCACUGUUUCCCUGUGGUACAUUCACUUCCUUAGUGAAGCUCAAGAAGUGUACAUAUACAGUGGUACCUCGGGUUAAGUACUUAAUUCGUUCCGGAGGUCCGUUCUUAACCUGAAACUGUUCUUAACCUGAAGCACCGCUUUAGCUAAUGGGGCUUCCUGAUGCCGCUGCGCUGCUGGAGCACGAUUUCUGUUCUCAUCCUGAAGCAAAGUUCUUAACCCGAGGUACUAUUUCUGGGUUAGCAGAGUCUGUAACCUGAAGCGUCUGUAACCUGAAGCGCAUGUAACCCGAGGUACCACUGUAUAAAUAUACCAAAUUAUUAGGACCAAAACACUGCCACAAAAGGGACCCAUUCAUGCAAAAACAUACCCAUUUCAUUUGAAGAAAACAGCUUGUUUAAUUUGCUAGAACAUACUGUUAAAAUGGAAUUUUAAAACAUUUUUUUUUUUUAAAAAAAGGCUGCUUAGGGACAAAUAGAUGAAAUUCACACUGGAAAGACAAAUGUGAGCACUAAAGAAUCAUCAUAAAGUAGGAUUGCCAAUAAAAGUGCUAAAUCUCAUGUUUAGGGGCCUUCAAAGCAAAUUUGCCCUAAGGCUGCUUUGUGCAUUUUAAGAAUGAGCACAGGAAGCUGUUCAGAGAUGGCAGAACACAUACAUUGGAAUGACUGCCCCCCUCCCCUGCACACAGUUCUGGGAGUUCUCCCGACCCACACAAGCCAAUUUCAGGGGGCCUGGAGGGGAAGGAGAGGUUACGUGAAUCCCACCCCUAGUAUUUUAGCAUUGUUUAAAUCUUGAGGCUUUUUAAUAAAUAUAUAUUAUGGGUACUUUAGAAAAUGUGGACUAAUCCAAGAGGAAAUGUGCUACAAGGAAGUAUUCUAAGAUUUUUUUAAAAGUACCCUUGAGACCAUGUUUGGCAAAAAAAACAUACAAUGCCCUAACUGCCAGAUAUUUUUCAAUGGUUGGGUGGCUUCCAGGUUCUUCAGUAAUUUAAUUUAAUGCAUUAAAAAAAGAUCCAUGUGUGGCAUAGUAAUUCACAAUGAAUAGCAGCAGCUGGCCUGUCUGUGGUGCGUAUGUUCACAGGUCACUCAAGCCCCACUGCACAGGGGCAAGUAGAGUAUGGCUACAAAGUUUGUCCUUCAUAGUCUCUACAAUGAUCUCUACAUUAAUAAAAAGCUAGUUAAGGAAAAGGAAGCAUUGUUAACUAAAUCCCCAUUAAAAUAAGCAUAGGGUUUGCUUAUGGGUGACUUAUGGGUAUUCAGUGCGCUGUUGCCUUGUGAUGCAAGAAGCACUAGAAAAUUUUGUUUAAAUAACCCCUCACAGUUCACAAGGGAUUAACUCCCCCCCCCAAAAGAACUGAUUUUAUUUCUCUAGUGUACAACAAUCCUUUGACCUUCAUUUUGUAUUUAAAUAGUGCUGACCCUUUGAGGUCCCUACCAAGAAGCAGAAACGGAAUUGACAUGGACUCAGAUGUGUACAAAAUGCUGCAGGAUUAUGAAAGACCAGUUUCAGAACCCAAGCAGUCAGGAUCUUUCCGAUAUCUGCAAGGCAUGUUGGAAGCAGGGGAAAAUGGUAAGGAACACAUGUUCAUUUCAAAAAAAAUGUUUAAUAUUCCCCCCCCCCAUACUUUAUUUUAAAUUUCAAAGGUGCUUACAAGGAGUAACUGUGCCCAUGAAGGACCAGGUGCACAGCCUGGCACAUGGGCAGCUGCCCAGGGCAGCUGUCUACCAGCUCCAUCUGGUAUGCAGGCUGAGACCCUAUCUGCCCGCGGACUGUCCUGCCAGAGUGGUGCAUGCUCUAGUUAUCUCUCAGUUGAACUACUGCAAUGCGCUGUAUGUGGGGCUACCUUUGAAGGUGACCCAGAAACUACAACUAAUCCAGAAUGCGGCAACUAGCCUGGUGACUGGGAGUGGCUGCCGGGACCAUAUAACACCAGUCCUAAAUGAUCUUCACUGGCUCCCAGUAUGUUUCUGAGCACAAGUCAAAGUGUUGGUGCUGACCUUUAAAGCCCUAAAUGGCCUCAGCCCAGUAUAUCUGAAGGAGUGUCUGCACCUCCAUCAUUCAGCCUGGUCACUGAGGUCCAGCUCCUUAUUAUUAUGUGGCUACGAUUCCAUGGCUGCUCUUUGUUUGGGGCACAGCUAAAAGCAAAUGGGAUGGAGGAGGGAGACAAGGAAAGAAAAGGUGAAUGUGAUCAGACACAUAUGUAGACUCUUCUGUUGCCCUUCCUAUACUGCCAGUGUACUUCUGAAUGUGUCUUACAAGUCCUACAAGCAGUUUCAAAUUGUGCUGAACUGAUUAAAAAGAAGAUUUUAAAAUUUUUAUGAGAGAGAGAAUUACUCUCACAAAAAAACCCAGGGCAACUAACAGUAUCAAUAAUUCAACUAAUGCAACACUGUUAAAGUCACAAAUACAUGUUAAAAUGCAAUGCAACAGUCAUUGAUAAAAUAGGCAAAUAGAGCCACUAUGUUCUGAAGGUCUGCAUAAAUAAAUGAGUUUUUAGCUGACACCUGAAUGAAACCAAUGUGCAGGACAGCCAAGUCUCCCUUGGGAGAGGGUUCCAUCUGCUUUAUAAAUAUGAUGGAAGGGACACUUUCUGGAAUGAUGACACCCCAUGCAUUGUUUGUACUUAUAUGAUUUAAUUUUAAUUUAUCAAUUUUCUUACGUGGAUUUCUAUUUCUCUUGCUUUAAAACUAAAUCUUCAAUUCGUCUAACCUCUCUGAUACAAAGCCACUUAUGAAGUACCUAUGCGCAAUCCCAAAGAAGUUAAGAAACUCCUUAGAAUGUUAUUUUUUCUCUCCCAGGAGCUCUAGGGUCUUUUCUUUUCUUUUUUUAAUGAGCAGCAACACACUGUGUCUCUAAUAAGAAAUGUUUCCUGCAGGGAAUCAGACAGGAUUUGUAAGGCAACAUAACAGUUACCCAGCCAUGAAAGAUGAGCCCUCAAACCACAAAGCAGAGAAAAGAAUGGUUGGGGUUGUUCAAUCACUUUUUACAGAGUUUUGUAGCUGCCUAGUUGAGAAGUUGAGGGACAUAAAUUUGGGGGCGAGAAGCGUGGGCAUGCAGAAACAAAGGAGAAAAACAGCCAGCAUUACUUUUAAACUCCUUCCUCACUCCCUAAGCUGGUGAGGAGACUUUUCACUGAGUGCUCUGUAAAUUGCCUGCCAUUCUGAAGCCUUUAUCAUUGACUAGAGCUUCUGGGAACCUUUGCGGUAAAUGUAUCAAGAAGCUACAGUCACCUAAAGCAAAUUAGUUGAGUGAAUUUACUUCAAAAAAGAAGGCAGCAGGGAUCGUGUGGCAGAUGUUGGAGUCCCAUCAGUCCUAGUCUGCACAGCUAAUAGUCAUGAAGGGAGUUGUAGUUCAGCAACAGCUGGAGGGCUACAUUUCUUUAAACCAUAUUUAAUGUUACAAUGCAGCUAUCAUAGUGCUGCUUCAUUAUGUCAUGUUUAAAUGAAAGUUUAAUGUAAGUGUCCUAUUUUGAGUUUAUUCCCUACCAAAUUCCUUUUUUAAAAAAGCACUGUGGUGAAUUUCCAAAUAUACGCACUUGUGUGAAUAUAUACAUGAGAAUUACAGGAUGCAUUAAUAGCUUGCCAACAUACCCCUUUGUACAUAAAGAUUUCAUUGCUUCCCUUUUUCUGGUUGUUUUUGAACACAUAUGAAGCAAAACCGAACGCCAAGAAAAGAGCCAGUGUCUAACAUGCUGCCUUACUUUUGUUACAGACUCUUAAAGGUCUUCCUGAGUCAUGACAUUCAAUAAAACAAAUAAAUCUCUCAAGUAGUAAAAGUGCACUUUAGCAGUGUUAUUGCUGGGCUUUCCCCCCCUUGCACAGCAAAAGGUUUUAAGCUUUUUUCCAUGGGGUUGAGCAUAUAUCAAAAUCUUACUAAGUUAGACAAUGUCUUUUGUUCUUCUAUGGUUUCAUGUAUGUGCCUCUUUUGUACCAGCUCUCAUUCUUUUUCCUUGGCACGCUUCCCAUUGAAAGGUCAAUCUCUGGUUUAUCCAUUUAAAUCAGAGCUCAUAUGUUUGCAUGCCUUUUUAUUAUUCUUAUGGUCAUUCCAUCAUUUCAUUUUUUCAAGUACUGUUGUGAGCAUAUGGAGCCUGCUUACCUAACACUACUAGGAUCAGAGCACUUACAGCCCCAGCCUAACCAUGCUCACUCAGAAAUAAAUCUCACUGAUUCCAAGAAAAUUUACUUCCAGGUAAUGAUACUGUGGAGUGCAUCCUUUGUCAGAGUUUAAGCAUAAAUCACCCCUUCAGUUGAGAAGCUUGUGUGUUAGCAACAUUCCACAUCCCUUAAACAGAUAACUCCAAAAACGCCGUCUUAAAUUCUUGGCAGGUGAAAAACAUGACAGGCUGACGAGUCCAAGACAUGUUAAAUCUCCAGUAUCCAAAUUGGGUGGAGCCAUGCCUGGCUUACAGAUGCUCCCCGAGUGCACCAGAUGUGGCAAUGGAAUUGUGUAAGUACAGGAAUCUCCGCAAGAGCCUUGAUGUUUAAUAUACCGUACUUUUCCAUGUAUAAGACAAGGGUUGUUUUUUUACGUUGAAUUAAUGUGUAAAAAUUGGGGUCGUCUUAUACAUGGGUAGUGCUGUGUUGGGACAGGGGAAUGGUUGCUGCCGUGAGCAAGAGAUUGUCAGCGGUGGCUGUGCGAGUGAUUGAUGGCUGUGACAUGGGCUUGGAUUGAUGGGCUGCUGCUGGCGGCGAGCGGUCGAACGUUUGGUGUUUUUUGUGUCGCGUGCAAUAGGAAGCGUUAUUCAGGCGGGUGAGUGAUUUUCAGCAAUUCCCGCCCCCCGUAAGAAGCUCAAGAACUCUGGGCAAUCCUCCCCCCAAAAAAGCUCAAGAACUCUGGGCAAUCUCCCCCCAUUUUCUAUAUUUUGAGUCCCCCAAAAUAGGGGCGUCUUAUACACGGAAAAGUACGGUACUUUUUGGUAAAGCUAAAUAAGGAACACACCACCUGCUUAACUGUAAAAUCUUGUUAUAAUGUAAUUCCAUAAGGCAAUGUUACUUGAAGAGGGGGGCAGAGACUUACACAUGUAACAUGGCAUUUGUGCUGCAUGUUACAACGAGCUUUUAAUAUUAAUAAGUGUUAUUCUCUUGAUCCAAAGCCACUUGGUUGCUCCAAAGUGCACAUGGAAGCUCCAUACAAGAAAGAACUGUCCUGCUCACUUACAUGUCUAGCAGUGCUUCACACACAGCAUAAAGGGCAAGCCACUAAUAAAACCUGAAAUGAAUCGUAAUCGUUUGAAAUGUUUGCAUCCUAAUCUUAUCUUCUUUCCUGUGACAGUGGCACAAUAGUGAAAGCCCGUGACAAGCUCUACCACCCAGAAUGUUUCAUGUGUGACGACUGCGGCCUCAACUUGAAGCAAAGGGGCUACUUCUUCAUUGAGGAACAGCUGUACUGUGAAAUGCAUGCCAAGGAAAGGGUUAAGCCGCCAGAAGGAUAUGAUGUGGUUGCUGUUUAUCCCAAUGCUAAAGUUGAACUUGUCUAAAUAGAUACUCUUAUUUCCUGGAGAGGUCAAGAGGUGGCACACCCACCCACAGGCACAGGCACUGUUUUAAAGCAUGGCUGUAAUCAACUCUGAUUAUUCAAGUCUCAGUAAAAUGUCUUUUCAGAGAUAAAAUGGUUUGCACUUGGGAUCUCAAGGGGAUAGUGCUGAAAGGCCUCUGAAAAGGAUUUCUCUCUCCUUUUGACACUUGCUUUUGGGUUGCUGUGUUGCUGUUUGGGUGGGUUCUGUUUUGUUUCAUUUUUUUACUGCACAUAGUUUCCAUCAUACCCCAGUCCAAAACCUGUGUAAAUAUGGGUGCUUUUUAAAACACUGUUUCAUAUAAAACCAGUAUUUCUUUUACUCUGGACUCAGCUCGACUGGUAAAGAAAAGGCGAUUUAUAUGCCUUGUAUGUGCGAUAUAACAUUGUGUCACCAGGUGGCGACGUGGAGUCCAGUUUUUCUCUAUCUGUUUUCCCUGUUUAAAUUUACAACAUUUUAAAACUGAAACGCUUCUUUGAUGUGUCUAGAUCCAGCCUCUGUCUCAUUAUAAAAGAUAAAGAAGACUGCAUGAAAGCUCCAUGAAAAGAAGGCACUUUAAGAAAUGACAUUGACAUUUUACAUGUUAAAGCGUUGCAUCACAUUUACUUUUGUCAGUAAUAGAGAUAUGCCACAAAGAUUGCUUUGUGGCUUUCAGAGUGAUAGAAAACUGAGGCCACGUGUAAUGAGAAUUUUAAAUAUGAAGCUGGCUGCAUGAGUUUCACCAAGAAACUUGGGAAUGAACAGGUAAAGGACUCGUAAGAACACAAAUAUAUAUAUAAAAGGUAAUGUCCUGGUUGCCACUUCCAAACAAUACUAUUUAUUACAUAUAAGACUAAUCAUUAAGAUUUAUCAUUCUGGCGAUAUCUGUCAAUAGCAGCUAGAGCUAUCCACUGGGGCUUGUGCUCCAAUACUGCCUUUCUUGUGAUACCAGAGAAAAUAUCCUGGGAAACCCAAUGGAUGGUCCCCCAUUGACUGGUAGUAAUGAACAGGUUGGAGACCCUGUUAAGUUUCCUCAGGUCUUUCCAGAUCAAGGGGACCCUAAUAUAAUUUCCAUUGUGGCACCAAACUAUAACUGUGUAAACCACUGUUGUGCCCUGCAUAAAAAUGUUUAAGAAAGAUUUCACAUAUAUAUAUUGUACAUGUGGUUUUCUCUCUCUCAUCUUUGAGAAAGCAUGGCUUCUUUUGCAGAUAUUCUUGGUUACUGAAUCAUCUAGGCACCUGCAUUUAUUCUUUCUUUUUCUUUUUUUUAUAAAACUUUGAACAAAGGGCUUUACACGCCAGCCAUAAACACUUUACUUAAAACUGCUUUCAGAUACAAUGAAGUUGACCUGGUCAACACUAUGUGCAGAACAUCUACAUCCAGCCUAGGAUGAAAAGAAAAAUAAUUCAUUCCAGAUUCUGUUUUUAGGGCAAGGCAUCAGACCUAAGUAUCAUAGACAUUUAGGAGCUUUCAAGACAAUCAUUGUGUAGCACAACAAUUGCACAUUUGUUAUUCAUUUAUUACAUUUGAAAUUGUCAUGAUAGACACAAAUUGUUCAUUUCUUGAGAGGAAUUAUGUCAUCACCAAUCCUGAUUACAGAGCUAUUGGGGGAGGGAACCCCUGCAGUUUUUGAAAAGAAGGAUAUGACCGAGACCUUACAGAAGUCAACUCCUGAACUCAAGUAUAAACAAUCCAGAUGUGAAAAUGAGGGUGGAGUGCUCAGUGGCCCUUGUGCUCUCCGAAACAGUGAUUGCCCUGGGCAGCCAAACUGCUAAUCCUAAGUGUAAAGGAGAGGAAAUAAACUUUCUAUGUCUAAAUGUUUAAGCCUCAACUGCAUUUUGGCAACAGCUUAUACACCAUUUUUUAAAAAGACAGAAUGCAUUACAUCUUAGGCAAUACGGUCACUUUAUGGAAGCAGAUCCAGUAUGAUGUAGUGGUUCAGAGUUGGGAGGCCAGGAUUAAAAUCCCCACUGAGCCAUGCAGCUUGCUCUGUGACCAUGAGACAGUCGCAGACUCUCAGCCUAACCAACCUUACAGGGUUGUCAUGAGGAUAAAGUGAGAAUGGAGUCAACCAUGCAGAAUACCUUGAGCUCCUUGAAGGAAAGGCGGCAUAUAAAUGUAAAUCUCUAAUGAAACCAUUGGCAUAUUCUGUUCAGUGGAAGGCUCUGCACAAGUAAUGCUAUGAGUCCAAUUCCUAGUUAAGUGCUAGGCACGUGCAAUACCAAAAAAUAUAAAGAAUGAUCCAUCAAGCUUUGUAUCAGCGAUAUUGUUUGGCUCUUUGAGGGGGCAUAUGCUUUUCUCAAAACACAGAAAUAUAAGAAAUUCAACCAGGACUGCUUAAAUCCCGUCCCGCCCCCCAAGAUGGGAAUGACGGGAGAGUUCACUGUUUGCCAUACUAGAUUUAUGGCAGCGGAACAUCAAUAGAACUCAGGGUGGAGAAAGGCAACACUCACAGCAUUAUUAUCCAAGGGUUCCACUAUGUGGCCUGCAAGUAUAAAUUCAAAAUAAUAAUAAUAAGCAAUUAAGGUUUUGUGCAAACAGAACGGUUCCAUUUGUUUUAGGAACGAUAAACUCCUACACCAAAGGGAAAGACGUGUACUUUGCUUAGAAACAGUAUUGCUUGUCCAUUUCACAAACACCAUUGCUAGUAAGAACAAGUGUGACUCCACGUUGCUCUGUGUAAACAGGUAUAAUAUAACUUAAUUAAGAGGAAAAAAGGUGGCACCAAGCUAAAAAAUAAUUGCGUGCUGUUAGUUAAUCCAUAUUGCUCUUUACAGUGAAUACAGUUCUGUGUUUUCUUCCCAGUUACCUUAGCUAAUUAAACAGAUGAGGUUCAGCUCAUUGAUUGAUUAAAUAUGCACAAAGUUGUACAGUAUAUGCAAAAUAUUAGAUCUAAAAAAGCAUACCGUCAUUGCCUUUGGAUGAUGUAUACAUCUGCCACAACAGGGAUAAUUUUCAAAGAAGUCAUUCUUCCUCCCAAAAAGGACUCCUCUUAUGGCCAUACUUGUCAUCUGCAGUUCUUAUAAAGAGCUUCUAUUAAAAAUAAUUUCAGUUUUUAAAAUUCUUUUGACCCAUUAAUUGGUGAUUCCUUUUUAGUCGGUCAACAUUUUUGUCGAUUAAUCUAACUGAUUUACUAAGCAUUGGAGCCAUUAAUAUUUUCACAUUAUAUCUUAGCAAAUCUAAUAUCAGGUGAUCUUUGAAAUUCUACUUUGAAAUUCUCGUAAACACAUUGAAGGCAGCUUUGCCACCAAUGAAGUUUAAGUUUGCUGGUCUAGGGGUUUUUUGUUGUUGAUGAUGGAUCCGUAUCAGUACAAAUGAACUGAAAAAUUAUAAAUGUUUAUCAUUUAUUAAUAGCAUAAAAAUAUUGUUGCUGUUUUAUUUACUGGUUGCUAAAGGAAACAUGUUUCUUUGAGAUAGUCAUGAACAUUCGUUUUAAUUUUGUUUAACAAUGUUGGUCCUCAAGGACCCAAGCUAUUUUUUUGUGGGUUUCUAUAUUAACUAGCACUGGAAAAUGCAUCUUAUGAACCUCUGAUUUUACAUACUGGUUAUGUACAUUUCUUUUCUUUUCAAUAACAAAUACACAGUAUAUUCCCUUU